GGGGGGGGAGGAAGAUUGCCACCGAUUGUGCUUUGUGUGUGUUUGUGUUUUCUGACCGAGAGGUGGAGGAGAGCAGCCCGUCUCGCUGAAUCAGGCCGAGGAAAAAGUGUGAGCUUUGUGGUGGGCGAGGUGGAAACAGGAGUGAUGAGAGAGCAAAGGCGAAAACUAGAGGAAGGCGCUGUUGCUGCGGGGCUCUGCCGGGAGGACCGUCGCCUCCGCCACUCGCACUCCUGCGCUCGCGAAGGGCUCGAGGAGCCGCAAGUGUCCGCCCCUCCCCGGCGUCUUCUCGGGCAGCCGGGACCAUGGAGACUUUGAACGGCACCAGCCUCGGCGAGGCUCUGAAGCCGCCGCCGUCGCCGCAGAGCCCGCACCGCUCCUUCGCCGAGAAGAAGAGGCUCCACCGAGCUCCCUCCCCGGCCAGACCUUUCCUCAAGGACCUCCACGCCCGGGCAGCUUCCGCCAAGCCCCCGCCGGUGCCCCCCAAAUCCCCCAGCCUCUCCGGCAAGCCGCAGUCCCCGCAGGCGGGAGCCCGCCCGCACUCGCCGGGGCUGCUGGCCACGCAGAGCCGCCUCUCCCGGCGGAGCUGCGCCCAGGGCGCGAAGGCGGCGGCGGCGGCUUGCCUCGCUGCCGGCAAGGCGGGCAGCGCCAAAUCCGCCCUCUCGAGCAAGAAGGCAGCCCGGGCCCAGGAACAGGCGGGCGCCAAGGCCGGCGGGAGGCAGCCCGGGGGCGAGCCCAGCAAAGGCAGGAAGGGCAAGCGAUGCGCCGCCUUGGCCCCGCCGGGCUCCCUGGCCCCGGCCGCUGGGCUGGGCAGCGGACCCGGCGCCAGGAUCAGCCACACGGACAGCAGCUCCGACCUGUCCGACUGCCCGUCCGAGCCGCUCUCCGACGAGCAGAGGCUGGCUCAGGCCGCCAGCAGCGACGCGGAGUCCGGCACCGGCUCCAGCGACCGGGAACGCGAGCAGCCGCAGCCAGCGCCCGCUCUGCCCCCGGGGCCAGGCGUCGCCCCUCAGCCUGCCUCGCCUUCUUCGGACGCCGCCAGCAAAGGGCCGCCAGCAGCGCCACCUGCCUCCCCGGCUCCCUCGGGAACCGCCAACGUGGAGCAGCCGCCGGGCGACGAGGCGAACUGGGGGAGAGCCCCGGAGAAAGCGGCGCCCGCCAAAAGCGCGCCGCCUGCGGGGAGCCUGAGGCUGGGCGGCAAAGCCCCGCUGGUGGUGCUUCCCUCCUGCGAGAGGCAGCUGGUGGUCGACGAGGAGGAGCUGCUGAGGGAGAUCGAAGAGCUGCGCUCCGAGAACGAUUACCUCAAGGUAAAGGGCGGGAAGAGGGAGGAGGAGGAGGGCCUGAGGGGGCAGCCAGCGGGUCAGGGAGGCGCCGAGGAAAGGCAGCGCUUGGCUGACCUGGGGGCAACUUCGGAAAAGUAACAGACACUCCAGACACCGACUGUGGGGUGGGGUGGGGUCGUCCAUCUGGAAUAAGGGCAGUUUCUUGGCAAUGAGGGAGGGGAGUCCUUGGGGCAAGGAGCAUUGACAAGCCGGACUGGACGGCUGGGAAGUUUCCUUCCCAGUUCGAGCUAUUAUAGGAUGUAAUAAUAGUGGUGUGCUGCUCCAGAGGUAGUAGUUUCUGGCGAGGAGGAGAGAGAGAGGGAUGCCAAUUUUGUACCCUCUUUCGCCCCAUCUUCUCCAGAGCAAACGGGGUUCAACUUGGUGGUUCCUGAAGUUUUUCUGCUAACGGAUGUUCUUAUAAAAGACAUACAAACGCCAUGUCUCAUGGUUGCAGAAAUAUGCGCUCGUUUUGUGUCCUGCAGUUGAAGCACAGUAAUGUCAAACUUCUUUACGUUCAGAGGGGUGGCGGUGUAUAAGUCCCCUGCAGCAAAAACAACCAGAAGAGUCUUGUGGCCGCUUUAAGUUAGCCUUUUAAGCGAGACUCUGCGUUGGUUCUUCUUGCCAUUGAGACAUGUGGGCUCUUCAGAAUGGUGCUGCUGUGCUGGGGUCCAGAUCAGAACCCUGCAGCUCCAUCAAAGGGGGCUGGACAUUCCUUCUUCUAUCAGGGCACUUUAAUUCCACAAGAGAGACACCACUUCUGUAGAUACGUUUCCAAAAAUGUUUGUGUGGAUGGAAGGGAGUGUGGCUCUUGGAGAAGGAGGAUGCCAGUUUUUUCACCUCCAGGAUGUGCAUGAGAGAAGCAGUUAGUUAUUUAUGCUUGGAUGUUGUGUGAGAUGUUUGUGAAUUAGAUACCACACUGGUACCUUGGGUUAAGUACUUAAUUUGUUCCGGAGGUCCGUUCUUAACCUGAAACUGUUCUUAACCUGAAGCACCACUUUAGCUAAUGGGGCCUCCUGCUGCUGCCAUGCCGCCGGAGCAUGAUUUCUGUUCUUGUCCUGAAGCAAAGUUCUUAACCUGAAGCGCUAUUUCUGGGUUAGCAGAGUCUGUAACCUGAAGCAUAUGUAACCUGAAGCGUAUGUAACCCGAGGUACCACAGUACUGACAUCAAUUUCCUUUCCAAAUUCCUUUCAGCUCCUCUUUAUAGUAGUUGGAUGCUGCCCACUUCAAAGUAGUGUAGGACUUUGGAUUUAAAUCUUUGGGAAAGUAUGGUAGUCAUGAAGCAGGUUUGUGUGUAGUAUGUAAUAUUUCGUAAGGAAAAAAUCAUUUUAGUAGGAAAGUUUCUGAGAAGAAUCUUAUGCAGUUUGUUCCUAUGCAUGUUUGUCUGCAAGGAAAUCCAAAUAAGUUCAUUGGCAUUUACUUCCAAGGAAGUUUGUCUAUGACUGUAGCCUCAUUCAGCCUGCUGAAGCACAAUCACAAUCCAUAAGGAAGAAUAGAUGUUUUAUUCUUGGAAUCUGUGAACAAUUGUUUCCCACUUUUAUAUUUUACUUUGUUUACAAGCCACUAUAUGUUGCAUUCUGUUAGAUUUCAGUUAUGUAAAUAGGUUGCAAAUCAUACAACUGUUUUGUUAACUUACAUUUGGCAUGGUGGUUUUCCAAAAACUGUAAUGCAACUUGGAAAGUUGACAUCAGUGGAACUUGCUUCCAAUUUAAAAUGAGGACUGAGUUGCCUUUGAACUUCAUUGUUGUUUUUAUUAUUAAAAUAUUCUUAAAGACAUAAGACAGCAUAGUAGAAGCGUGUAGAUAUUUGACCUUCCACUAGCAGUUUGAUGAUCUAACGCAGUAACAUAUGUAAUUUUUUCUCUGUGGAAGUCUGACUGGCAAGCUGGUUGGUUAAAAUGCUAGUGUUCUAAAAGCUGGUUAUGGCUUAGAGCAGGGGUAGGCAAACAAAGGCACGGGGGCCUGAUCUGGCCCAAUCGCUUUCUAAAUCCAGUUUUUACAUGAGUAGAAUGUGUCCUUUUAUUUAAAAUGCAUUUCUGGGUUAUUUGUGGGGCGUAGGAAUUCAUUCAUAUUUUUUCCCCAAAAUAUAGUCCGGCCCCCCACAAGGUCUGAAAAAGUUUGCUGACCCCUGGCUUACAGUAUUCUAAUCUCUCUGAUAACUGAUAUAUAAAAUACCUGCUUUCGAUAACAUUUCCCCCCCAUAACAAAAUGAAAUGGUAAAAAAUAGAACGAAGAUAGAAGUUAAAUAGUUGUUUUUCUGCUUUUCCUGCCAUGGAAAUUGAUAGGCAGUCUUUCUGUGCUAGAUUUCAGUCUGCUGGGCAGCUGAUAAAGUCACAGGGGUUUUUAGUCUGCAUAAUCAGUUGCAGUGUGCCUCAACUGUCUUCUUCUUCUUCUUUGGUGAUCACUCACUCAUAGCCGAGUAAGAUUGUCUUCCAUAAACACAGUUUUAACAUGAGUCCGUAAGUGACUGUGGAGGCCAAUUCUGGAUCUACACGUCCUUGCACAGUGAGGACAUUGGUUUCCGGGCGGGAGUUGAUCAUGGUGUGGAUUUGCCAAGCAUGCCUUCCUCUUAGCACGUUUCUCCCUUGCGUCCUGAGUUCGAGUGUCUUCAAAGCCCAUGACACCUUUGCUAAAGGCUGUUCUCCAACUGGAGUGCUCACAGGCCAAUGUUUCCCAGUUGCCAGUGUUUAUACUACAUUUUUUUAGAUUUGCCUUGAGACAGUCUUUAAACCUCUUUUGUUGACCACCAGCAUUACGCUUUCCAUUUUUAAAUUUGGAAUAGAGUACGGUAGUUGCUUUGGAAGACAAUCACCAGGCAUCUGCACAACAUGACCAGUCCAACGAAGUUGAUGUUGAAGAAUCAUUGCUUCAACACUACAACUUAGCUGCAAGUCUUCUCAAUGCCAGCAGUAUGAUAUCACAUGCACACAAAACAGGGUGGGGAAAACGCAGCAGUUUAUUGACAUUCUCUCACAUUUACGUUUUUAAAAAAAUAUUAAAUGUGUGCUCUAGAACAGGAGCAAGGAAAGGCAAAUGUUCCCAAGAAUUUUGAAAAACUUGUACAGGUAUAUGUGUACUUAUACAGGUAUAUGUAUAUAUGCAACUUCAUAGCAGAUUUGCCAGCUAAAAGAAGAAGCUAGAUGAGUUAAAUUGGAUAGUGGAGGAGCCUACAGAGAUCUUUUAAAAAAAUAAAAAAUCAGAAGUACUGUAUGUUUUAAAACAGAUCACAAAAUAGUGUGGGUACAUGGAACGGCAGUUUGUAUCAGAAGCAUAUCCACCAGAACACAAAGAUCAUCCCACAGGUGCCAGAAUUGCACAAGAAACAAAUAUACCACCUGGCAAGGGGGGGCGGGGCGGAUAUAGCAUUUCCCCAGCUCCAAAAUAUAAUGGUUUCUUUGUUAGGGGAAAUGUGAUAUUCCUGUAAGGGAAGUUCAAUAGUCAGCCUUGCUGUGUGCACUGUAUAGGAAACAAAAGUGUAUUUAAUGCACAAAACUGAUUGUGGGAGAGUCCCUUGGAGACAUGUGGGAAUAGCUUUGUCAGGGGAGGGGAUGAGAGAACAUAAAGUGUGGGGUUUUAAAUCAAAAGGCUUGUGUGAGCCUUGACCACACUUCCUCCCCCCCCUUGCUCUGUUAUUUAGCAUGGCCUUAAAGAAGAGAUCAGGCACUUUUGCUCCCAUUGUUACCAGACUACAGCUUGUCUUUUUCAAAGAAACCUGGAAUGUUCAAGAGACCAGGGGUAGCCAACAUGGCUGCCUGCAGAAGUUGUUGGGAAUUGUAGUCCAUUAACAUCUGCAGGGCACCAUGUUGUCUAUGCCUGCUGUGGGCUAUGCAUCCACACUAUGCAUUUAAAGUGGUACCAUACCACAGUAAGCAGUCAUGCCCCCUCCCAGUAUUCUGAGUUUGAGUACCACUUAGUGACUGGGUGCAGUGCACAAAAUGGAAUGGUUUUGUAGGGGGUUGGAUAGUUUCAAAGUAGGUGAGAAAGGGAAGUAGGAUGGUUAGGCCAGGCUCUAUUUGUCUAAAAAGAAGUGGGUGGCAUUUUACCCAUCCUCACUUUUCUUUUGGGAAAAAGGAAAAAGUAUAGCCAGACCCAUCUAUUUUAGCCAACUGUAUGGUCUAUGCUAUGGUAUGUAGGCUUUUGUUUAAUUUAGCCUUUGUAAGGGUGAAAAUAUAGCAGGAGAGAGCAAGCUUCUUUUCAUUACUAAGUUUGAACGAAAAAAACAAAGCACCCCACUUGCUUUUAUCAGUUAAAAUGAGAUCUCUCCCUUCCCUAAUUUGGGGUUCAAAUAAUUUGUUAUCUUAUUCAUGUAUUUGUUCUGUAACAAAGCCUGUUCGUAAGUAACUAAGCUGAGAUCUGCCAGAAUGAGUGAAGAUGUGGCAGAGCUCCAGGUCAGCCAUCAAGUUCCCUGCUCAGCCAGGCUCCCCGGGUGCAGAACCCUCACUCAGCCAGAGAUCCAUGGGCAUAACUUCCUCAUCCUGGCUCAGCAAGGACUAAAAUGAGAACAGUGGAGCUUACCCUGGCAUGAACCUUAACAAAUAGGGAAGAGUGGCAGGAUUGGGCAGGGGGAUCCUAACUCCAUUUAGCUUGGUCACAUGACCUGGCAACCCAGCAGAAAACAUGAUGGCAAAAAGGGUGGAAUAAGUCAAACUCAAUUUUAAAGGCUUAUUUUCCAGACUUAGACUGACAGCAGCCACAGUCCUGAACAGAGUUCGGAUCUGGUGUACUUUAUGCCAGCUUCCCAUAUUUAGGAUUGUUCCCUUAACACAUUAAGCAGGCCCCUAGGAUAAAGAACAGCCAUGAUAAAAAUGUUAUUAUAAAGAUGCUGCUUAAAAUUAUUUCUCUUAUGUUAAGUCUUCCCAUCCAUAAAUAGAAGUCACUGUUCAAAAUGCUGCUGCAUGAAUUUUUAUGUGCUGGAACUUCUACAAGGGUUUGUAUUUACAAUAUGAUCUUUUGGCACACUACUGAAGCUACAUUCAGAAAGAUCUAUAAAUAAAAGAAACUGAGAUGAUUGAGUAACCACAAAUACUGUACCAUUUGACUUUCCUUCUUGUGAAUAUAGUAUUUUGGGUUUAGAUUAACAAGUGCUUCAGUCUGUAGCCUUUUAUUUACAGAGACUAUGUGAAUUUUGCCUGGAGAGGGAAUAUGUUAGAACUGGACCUAAAAGAGUAGAUUAAAUGUAAGUAAAGCUUAAGCUGAAAAAGGGAGUUGUUAUUUAUAGAAGCAACAUGGUAUAGUAGUGCUGGGCAUCAGUCUGGCGGUUGUUUUAUAAGGUUGGAUUAGUUUACUGCAGGCCUAGACAGGGUAGGGUAGCCUUGUCAGCCCCAUUUGCAUUUAAAGUAAGGGGUUUGAUUUGUAAUGUAACACAUACAAAUGGGUGAGAGAUGAACGUUUCUUCAUAGGAGAAUAGGAAGCUGCUAUGAAGACCAUUGGUUCAUGUGGCUCAAUAUUCUCUACUCUGGCUGGCAAUGGCUUUCCAGGGUUUCAGCCAAGGAACAUUCCCAGACCUACCUGGGCAUGGCAAGGACCUGCUGCAUGCAAGGCAAAUGCUGUACCACUGAGCUACAGCCCUUUUCCUAAGCUGUGGUCCUUCAUUUUGCAUCAGUGCAUUCCAUCACUUUGAAAAACCUUUCUGCCAAGUGAAAUAAGGUGGUGGGAGGGCAAAGAGUUCAGCUCCCCUCAGCCUCAUAUUCUGUAUUAAGACAUGAAAAAGUCCAGUUCAUGCUUGUGAAGAACAGCAUUGGCUGCACCUGACCAUAGUUGGACCAUUAUUCAUCUGGUCCAAAAUGACACGGUAGCUGUCUCCUUCAACUCUUAAGAUACUUUCCGCAAGACUUUAUUUAUGCAGCAGAAGUUUUAGGCAUAUCAUCUGAAUGGUAUCCAAGGCUUCCUAACAUCCUGUAAAGCAGGGUGGGAAACCUCUGGCCCAUGGAUGUGACGCAGUCUCUGGGGCCUCACUGUUUAGACUGUGCUCCCUCUUGUGCCACUCCCUCUUCCACCCACUAUGACUACUGCUCUGCAUGUUGGCAAGGAAGAGAGGCAGCUGGGGAGGAAGAAUUGCAUGAAUGGACAUGCAUUUGAAUGGAUGGGUAUGUGUGGGUGAGAAGGGGAGAGAGAGUAGGGUGGCUCUGGCCCCACCCACUUUUGGUUUUGGCCCCAUAACACUGCUUGCACAUGGUCCCUGACAGAUUGAGUAGGGGAGGUUUCUCACCUCUGCUAUAAAGAAUACGAAAUUUCCCAUGAAACCACCAAAUAUCAUAUAAAAUGUCAAAUACAUUUUAUUAAAUUUAUUUGUUGAAUUUAUACACCUUUUUACCAAGGUGUAAAUAAGAUCCUGAGUGAUAGCCAACUAAGUUAGAGUAGAUGCAUUCAUUUCAAUGGGUUUACCGAUGAAUGUGGCUAACCGUGGAUAUUACCUGGUGUAUACUGUAUUGUAGAAUCUUUUUUUUUCCCCACAGUAAGAAUAUCUAGAAUUGAUGGUGAUUAUUUAAAAACAUAUAUAUCAAAGGCUACGCCUUGCUUCUUUGGGAAGGGUUUGCCAUUCUCUUGCAUCUUAAAUGUAUUAGUCAUGGGGAAGAGGAGAUAAAUCUAACCUUAGCCAUCAGAAUAACAUCAACAAUCUGCAAAUGCUGGGGCAGUCAGCUGCUAGAGUGAGAAUUCAGCCUGGUAAACAAUGGCUGUGGGUCUAUCUUCUUAGCCACAGCUGUGGCUCUGCUGAAACAUGGCAUUGUCCAGGGGAAGCAGAGUGAAUAUAUAUAUAUCUCCAACUGUUUAAAACUGGGAGCAAUUUGAAAACACAUUGACACUCUUAAGAGCUCUGGUAAUUUUUUGUAUUGGCUUUACAUGCAUGACCUUUCAGAGGGUUUCAUUGUACAAAAACAAUGUUACCAAAAAGCCUGAAGAUCCAUAAUAAAUAAAUACGCUUCUAACCAUAUACGUUGUAACUGGUACAAAUGGUGACAUGAGCAUGAGAAUAUUGAUGUGUAUAGUUAUUUUGGAUUCUCCCCCCCCCCCCAAGAGAUUAAAAACAUUAAAGUAAUUUAAAGAAUGGAGAGAUUAGAAUUCAAAAGUUUCCUAGGGCAAAUGUAUAGUACUGAGUCUUCUUUAAAAAGAGAAGAAAAGGAAUAUAUAAGCUCUGGCUGAAGCUGCCACUGGUUCAAACCCUUUGAAGCCGCUUAAGUAGCAGAAAUGAAUAGCAUCUUCUGCAUCACAACAGUGCCCUUCUUUCUUUUUUUACAACAGUCACUCUCAUGAAUUUUUAUAAGCUUUGCAUUUUUCAAAAGCAGACACAAUCUCAACACACUUUCCUCACCGCAUGUUUAUUUUCACUAUAGUGUAGAUUUACAUGUUGGUUUUUCUGUUUACGUUGACAGAAGUGUGGUGAAUCUUGUUAAUAAUAAGGUCACUGCAAAACAAAAGAGCAUAAAUAACUGUGUGCGGUACUGCAUCAGUAGUGUGUGUGUUAGGCAUGACAGAUCUUCGAGUUUUUUCGAUUUUAAGCUUCCAUCUGGUUUGACUGUUAUUAAAUGGUAAGGAUACUUUGCCUCACUCUUUCUGCCCUUCCCACAAUAUCUUUGAGCAGACCUUGGUUCAGUGGGUUUAUCAAGGAAACACAGCAAAGAAUUUGCCAAGCAUUGCUGCUCAGCAGUUUCCAUUCAGUUCAAUAGGGCUUGAAGGGCAGCCCAGCCACAGCCUGAUUAAAUAGAAUGGCAACUGUGCACUCACAUUAUGGUCAGGUUGAUUGUCGCAAAGUACUAAGCAUUUAGAUGGCAGUCCUAUGCUCAGUUAGGCUUCAGAGGAACUGGGGCUGCCAUCCCUAAGCACCAGGGACUAAGCCUCACCAAGCUGGUUGGGCUUUAUUACUGAGUAACAGGCAUAGGUUUGUGUUGCACUCUGUGUUUGCCAAGUGGAUUCAGGAUCUCAGACAUAAUGUGGAUCUCAUUUACUAUCCUGAAGGGGGAUCUUUUGAUGAUCUUGAUGUCAUAGACACCAAGCUCUGUGAAGAAUGCUUGUGAGUGGAAAAUGACUGUUAACGACAUUUCCAAACAUAGAUCCCAAAGUUUGACACCUACUGUAAUAACAUAAAUAAAAGUGACCUAAUUUCACUUUCUGUUUAUUUGCACUGAUGCUGAGCAACCAUAUGCACCCACUGCCAAAGCUAAUUAUUCCUCCUGUAUUUAAGGGUUUACACCAGACCUUAUUUGAGUUACUAUGGGAGUCUAUAAAUUUGCAGCCACUCGAAGGAUAAGUGUUUAAAUAUUACUGAGAGUGUUUCAGCAUUCACCAAGCGUAACUUUCUUGAUUAUCGCAUAAAAAGGACUGUGCUAAUGGAAAGGACAGUUCCCUGCCCCCUUCUGUCUCAGUGGUUUUUUUUUAAAAUUGGAUUUGUUGUGCCAGAGUUCUUUAGUCCACUUGUGCAAACCCACUGCUUUCCCCCCCCCCUAAAAAAAAUGUUUAGAGGUACUCUCAUUUUGAUUCAAGAAAAUUACUGUUUUAUAGUUCAAAUUGAGAAAAAUUAAUACAGUAAAUGGACAAAAGUACAAAGAUUCACAAAAUGUUUAGCGGUAUGUGUACCCCUGAGCACCCCCAGGAAAAAGCACUGUGAAAACCUAUGUGUGUGUAUAGCGCGCGCACACACACACACACACACAAUGCUAUCCUUCAGGGACGCCAACUUAGGCCCCAGGUUAUGGGUGCCUAAUUGCACCCGUGAUGUAACAGCGUCAUGACAUCAUGACAUAACAUUACAUCAACGCACUGCAGCGGCAUUUCUGAGGUCUUGCGGCACCUUGGAGAUCACGUAUGAGGUCUCGUGUGGUUGCGUCCCAGAAGUUGCGUCCUGACGUUUCCUUGGGGGUCAUGUCUGGCUUCUGAUGCGACUUCCGGUACAAACCGGAAGUCAUGUAAGAGCCUGUGCUGUGGGUGCCCAGGCCUCCAGGGCCCCCUAUAGUUGGCACCUAUGCUAUCCGUAAAGAAUUAUAGGCGUAGAUGUGUACUUGAAAAAUAUCCAGUAGGCAGAACUGCUUGGUUUUGCUUCUCUUUAAAGAGGCCAAUAAACUGCAAAUUGAAGGUAUCUAAAUCUUUGUUGGAAGCCUUUAUGUGAGAACUAAUCUUAUUGCUGCUUUCCAUCAUCCGUUUUCUUUUUAAACACAGAGCUAGGUUAAUAAUAGAAUAGUUGGUGUCCCAGGAGUCAUCCUCUAGCAAGUUAAUGGCCUAUCCACUGAGCCUGAAGACCUGCUUAUAAAGGUUUUAGCUUGAGAGAUUCAGGUAUAUACAGAUUAGAUUAAUAGAAAUGAGGUUUUUUUUAAAGGAUAUUCUUUUCUAGAAGAAUGUACUGUAUUGCAAACUUUAGCAAAAAAAUAUAUUCUUAGAAAGCAUAAUAUUUAAGUUUCAAAUUUGGAAGCUUGUAUGUGUGUUUGUGUAAGGGAGUGAUGGCCGAACUUGGCCCUCCAGCUGUUUUGGAACUACAGCUCCCAUCAUCCCUAGCUAACAGGACCAGUGGUCAGGGAUGGUGGGAGUUGUAGUCCCAAACAGCUGGAGGGCCAAGUUUGGCCAUCACUGGUAUAAGGAAACAUAGCAGCACAAUAGACAAGGAGUUUCAACUCCAUAUGAACUGAUUUGACAGCUUUGAUAUAUAACUUUUUUUUUUGCUGUUCCUAUUAUUUCUGAAGAGGUAAGUUACAACUGGUAUUACAGUGGUACCUCAGGUUAAGUACUUAAUUCAUUCCAGAGGUCCGUUCUUAACCUGAAACCGUUCUUAACCUGAAGCACUACUUUAGCUAAUGGGGCCUCCCGCUGCCGCCCGCCUCUGGAGCACGAUUUCUGUUCUCAUCCUGUUCUUAACCCGAGGUACUAUUUCUGGGUUAGCGGAGUCUGUAACCUGAAGCGUAUGUAACCUGAAGCGUAUGUAACCCAAGGUACCACUGUAGUUUGCAAGAUCAACAUGAGCUUGAUGUUGCUUGCAAGAUCAUUUCAACGGGAUUCUCCUUGUCUGCUGCACAGCAAAUAGGGACUGUGCAGCAGUUGUGAGUGCUGGAUUACUCCUAUCAUAUCUUGAUGUUUCUCUUGAUGGGGAGGGAGCAGAAUCGCCUUUUUGAUAUCUGAUAGUGUUUUGGGUCAUGGCAGGAUGAGCUUGAUGAACUGCGGGCUGAAAUGGAAGAGAUGCGUGACAGCUACCUUGAAGAAGAUGUUUACCAACUUCAGGAACUUCGACGAGAGCUGGACCGUGCAAACAAGAACUGUCGCAUUUUGCAGUAUCGUCUCAGGAAAGCAGAACAGAAAAGCUUGAAAGUUGCACAGACGGGUCAAGUGGAUGGGGAGUUAAUUAGAAGCUUAGAGCAAGAUCUAAAGGUGAGUGAAGGCUUUAUGCAUAAAGACAUCUAAGUUAGUCAUGGAGCUCUGCACAUGCUAUCUGCUAUAGGCAAGUCAGAGUCCCAUGUGCAAUUGGCUGCUACAGUGCCUUCAAUAAAAUCCUUGAUAAGUAAUUGGUAAAAGCCUAUCACAUUUCACAGCUAUGUCUGAGUAUUUGGCGGGGGGGGGAAUGGUUUCUGUGAAAGCAAUCUGGCACAGGCAGAUCUAGAGACUAAUGGAAGUUCUUGCUGGUCAUAGAAAUCAUCACUGUUCCUAUGUGAAGCAUAGCAGACCUUGUCCUUGUCUGUCUCACUUUUCAGGAACCCCACUGUCAGGCAGUAAGGACCAAGGCAUUUCAGAGUGCACAUAGGAGAAUCACACUUGCUAUAAGAAGACAUACAGGAAUCAGCUAGGGUGCAUCCAUAGGAGGGUGACCAGGAUGGUGAGGGAUUUUGGAAAUCAAGCCCCAUAUUGAAUGGUUGAAAGUACUGGGUAUGUUCAGCUGGAGAAAAGAAGUUUAAGGGGGAGAAAGAGCUGUAAAAUAUCUGAAGGGAAGCCUCUCAGAAGAUGGAACAGACAUGUCCUCUGAUCCAAAGGGCAGGACUAUAACUAACAGGUGGAAAUCGUGAGAAAGCAGAUUUUGGCUAAAAUGUCAGGAUAAACUUCCUGAUGGUAAUAGUUGUAUGACAGUGGAACAGAGACUGCCUUGGGAGGUGUUGGGUUCUCCUUCACAAGAGAUAUUUAAGUAGAGGCCACCUGUCAGUUACAAAAUUUCCAUGUUAAGCAGGAAAUGGGACUAGAUGACAUUCAACUCUAUAUUCCUCCCAACUCUAAAUUAUAUGCUUUGAAUAUUCCCUGCAUUUGGAAACCUAGCAUUUUAUGAGGAGGUGUAGGCUAAAAAACCCUCCCAAUGAAAUACUAACUUUUCACCUGAAAGGAGCCUUGGCUGUUAAGGAGCAACCAAAUAGGCUUCACUCACCUCAUUCUGAAGUAGGGGACUGAUUUAAAAUGUAUACACAAUAGAUGCAUCCAAACUGAGCCAUGUUUCCCACUGCCUAAACUGAAAAUUCCCUAAUGCUCUGAAUUGUGCUAAUUAUGUGUGCAACUUGGUUUUCAGAAGACUUUCUCUCUUCAGUAUGUGCACUUGAUCUGUAAAAAAGAUAUUUAUAUACAUAUCUGUGCUGUGCUUGUUUAAAAAAGGGAGGGGAGAUAGAGUUUUAGGUAUGCUUAAUCUAAUUAAUAAAAUGAUUUGUUAUUUAAUACUAUAAUACCCUAAAAUUGCAUGCUAGUAUUAUAUCAUGGACUUAAAAAGGUAAAGGUACCCCUGCCCAUCAGGGCCAGUCGUGACCGACUCUAGGGUUGCACGCUCAUCUCACUCAAAAGGCUGGGAGCCGUGCUUCUCCGAAGACAGCUUCCGGGUCACGUGGCCAGCGUGACUAAGCCGCAGCUGGCGAGCCAGCACCAGCGCAGCACACGGAAACGCCGUUUACCUCCCUGCUGGAGAGUGGUCCCUAUUUAUCUACUCGCACUUUGGGGUGCUUUCGAACUGCUAGGUUGACAGGAGCUGGGACCGAACGACGGGAGCUCACCCCGCCGCGGGGAUUCAAACUUCUGACCUUACGAUCAGCAGGUCCUAGGCUCUGUGGUUUAACCCACAGCGCCACCCGCGUCCCUUAUCAUGGACUUAGUUAAUGAUAAAAAAAGGUAAAGGACCCCUGACAGUUAAGUCCAGUCAUGAAUGACUCUGGGGUUGCGGUGCUUAUCUCGCUUUACUGGCCGAGGGAGCCGGCGUUUGUCCGCAGACUGUUUUUCUGGGUCAUGUUGACAGCAUGACUAAGCUGCUUCUGGUGAAUCAGAGCAGUGCACGGAAACGCCGUUUACCUUCCCACUGGAGUGGUACCUAUUUAUCUACUUGCACUUUGACGUGCUUUCGAACUGCUAGGUUGGCAGGAGCUGGGACCAAACAAUGGGAGCUGACCCCCGUCACAGGGAUUUGAACCGCCAACCUUCCGAUCGGCAAACCCUAGGCUCAGUGGUUUAGACCACAGUGCCACCCGCGUCCCCUAGUUAAUGAUACUGGUUGAUUAUUUCCAGAGCGGUUAGUCCCUUGCAGCAAAAAUAAGAAAGAUUUUUUUGGUACCUUAAAGACUAACUUUUUUAUGGCAUCUGAUUUUGUGGAGUAUAAUCUACAACUUCAGGAGGCAGUGAGGGGGACUGUUAAUGGUGAGAGUCAGAAGGUUAUGAAAUGCAGAAAAGUGCAGGCAGUGAUAAUUACAUUAUUAGCAAGUGGCCUUUCACAAAAAGCCAGUUUAUGUUAAUAACACAGACAUCCUGGUAUUGGUAAACCAAUUAACACAUCUAGCUUGUUAAAAAUCUAUUGUGCCAAUUCACUUUACAAGUGAUAGCACUGAAGUUCUUGAUGAUGUGCUAUCUGUAUGGGCAAUUUAAAGUAAGCUGCAGAAUGUCCUGGGAGGUUUAAAUGCCCCUCCAUUGAUCAUAUAUAUAUCCAUCCAUUUCUGCUAUCAGGAAAGGUUUUACACCUUAUGUUAUUAUGCAUUUAUAUUUUCAAUUUUGUUAAUGGAAAAUGUUUUUAAAACUGCUACUGCUGUUGCUACUACAAGAUAUGUUUGUAUACUCUUUUUUGAAUAGGUAGCCAAAGAUGUAUCCGUUAGGCUGCACCAUGAACUGGAGAAUGUGGAAGAGAAACGAGUUAAAGCAGAGGAUGAAAAUGAAAUCCUUCGUCAACAAAUCAUUGAGAUGGAAAUAUCGAAACAGGCACUGCAAAAUGAGCUGGAUAGAUUGAAAGAGGUAAGUAGCAACUGAUGACAGAUAACUAAUGAUAGGCUUGCUAGUAAAAGAAAUCUGAAAUACAUUUGAAAUAAAACUCACUAAUAAUAUAAUUCCAGUCAACAAAAUACCUGUCACUUUAUACCUGUGAGUGACAGCAUCUCCCAACUUGGUUUUUUGCUUUGUCCAAUAGCAUCUAUAUUUUAGAAAUCCAUUGUUUCUGACUCAGAGAUCCUCUUGUUCACCAGAGGGCUACAUGCUUCUUGACUUCAUGUGAGAUCUUAUUUCUCCCAGCCACCAAGCAUAUUAUUGGUGCCGUUAGUGCGUUGUGUGAAUGGGUUGUCCUUACUAUGUAGGAAUUUGUUUCUAUAAUGCUUGCUUUUCUCACAUUUGAAAGUUAUUCGUCAUAUUUAAUGUUCCUGUGGGAGGACUGAAUACAUCUGGAGGAUUUAAAUCAGAGAUGUUAAUUGAGACACGUGCGACUAAGCUUCUGUUUAAUACCUCAUUGAAAUCUGGGGUGGGGGAUGCUGCCAAGCAAUAGAGAACUGGCUUUAUGUACAAGUAAGAGUUUGUAUUAGAGAAUUAUUUACAUUGUACAUCCAGCCAUAGAGUACUUGUUCUUUUAUUUGGUAUCUAAAUAACUAUUAUAAUUACAUUAAAUUGUACAAAGGGAUGAUUGCAUGACUGGAUGAAAGAAAAUGAAAUCCAAGCACAGUUUCUUGUCAUUACAUAGUCUUGUAUGGCGUAGCAUCCUUCUUCUUGUGCCAGCACAGAUUGUUUUGGCAAGUACAGUCUUGGGUUAUUUUAAAACCAGAUUGGCAUGGGACAUUUAGACACACUCAAAAACUAGCCGUGACUUAUUUAUUUUAAUCUUUCAAACAAUACUUAUGAGAAGUAGCAUGUUGCUGUUUUCUAUUUUAUAAAUUGGGCAAAACAUACUUAAUUUCUUUGUGCAUUAUGCUUAUAAGAAAAGGUGGGUUUUGCUGAAGCUCUUGAUCAAUAGACCUGAAUAUGCUUAGUUAGUUUAUUUGAAAAAAAAUCCCUGCCUCUAAACUUUAACUUCCAGGGAGUGUACAACAUAAUUAAAAUCUAUAUAAUAAGCCGAAUAAACAAACCAACAACAGGAGAGUCAGCAGUUAAAAACAGUCAACACAAUAAAGCUUUUUAAAAGACAUAAGAACAGCAGAACAAAUAUUUAUAACACCAGUAAAAAUACACUUAAAAUUUUCCAUAAACAGCCCUGAACUCAGCUGAUAUUCAUUAAAAAUGAUUAUCGACAGAGGCACCACAACUGAAAAGGCCCUGUAUCCUGUCACCUCCUAUGUCACAUUCAAAGGUGGGGAUAUUCUUAACAAGGCAUCUGAUGAAGAUCUUAAUAAAGGACAGGUUCAGAUGAAAUCCAUAUUGAUAGCUCAGUUGGCAGAGCAUGAGACUCUUAAUCUCAGGCUCAUGGGUUCAAGCCCCACAUUGGGCAAAAGAUUCCUGCGUUGCAGGGGGCUGGACUAGAUGACCCUUGUGGUCUCUUCCAACUCUACAGUUCUAUGAUUCUAUGUCUUUGUCAACUGUUUGCCUACUGUUCCAUAGCAAUAUAUUUAUUAUUAACCACACUUUGGGCAGCUUAUAUGACAGGAAAGAAAAUAUGACCAAAACAAGAAGAAUUGUUGUAUUCACUUAGUAAUAAAAUGUAAAAAAUUUUUUACGUAAAAAGCAACAUAUGUGAGUCUGUAAAAUGAAGCACUUAUAUAAAACCAGGGAAUGGAGGAACUGAAAUAUAGAACUUACAUGUUUGAUUUCCAAAGGCAUUUGUCAAAGAAGGUGAGUGACACAGUACAGAAACCAGUGUUAUUCAUACUUUAUUUUAGUUGUUAUAUUGCCAUGGCACAUUUGUGCCUGCUGUGACACUGAAGGUUGUUCACAAAAGGUAAAAAUAUCUAGCACAAAAAAUGCAACAAUAAAAACAAUAAGGAGCAAAUGAAAACUAGGCAUAUAGAUGGAUGAAACUAUAAAAGCUUGACUGUGCAGAACAAUAACAGAUAAACAAUCACAUUUACAUUAUUACCUAGUAACUAAUACAAUCAAGAGAAAGCUCAGGUGAAGAUGAGAGCCUUCAUCUGGCAUCUAAUAAAAUAAUAAAGUAUGUGUUGGGCACAUCUACCAAGGGAGGGAGUUUCACAGUUGGAGUCCAACUGCUGAGGUAGCCCUGAUAGAUCACUACUUAUCCUCUGAAGGCGGUGAAAAGUAGGGACAGGCUUCCCAUAAUUAGCUCAGCUGCUGGGCUGGUUUGUAUGGGAAGAAAUCAGUAUUCCAAAUACAUUUACUCUGGACUGUUUGGGGCUUUAAAUGUUAAAAAAAAAAUAGUAAGUUGAAUUAUGUCCAUGGUUAAACUGGAAAACAGUGAAGCUUUCUUAAUGCAAUAUGUUCAUUGUGACAUAACUGGCUGUACUUCUACUUAGUUUCCAGAUGGUAGUCUUGGAGUUGGAUCCAGAAAACUGUUCAAGCACAAUCUGUCGGUUUCCUACAGCACAAUGACUUAUUGACAUGGAGAGGUCUCUGUGGGGAGUGAUGUGCAGUGAGCUGUAGAGCCGCUAGGUUUAGAUACAGUGAACAAGGAAUUUGUAUCUUAUGUUUCUUGAGAAUUUUAUAUACCACUUUAUGGUCCUGAGAGGUUCUCCAGUUGGCUUACAAAAUAUUUUCAUAAUAAAAAUCACUUUUAAUUACAUAUGGCAGGCGUGUCCAGCCAGUAGAUCGUGAUCUACUGGUAGAUCCCUGGCUGAUCCUAGUAGAUCGUGGGACCCUUGUUGAUCGUGGGAUUAAAUAAAGUUUACCGAAAGUUAACAAAUAAAAGCUGAAGAACUCUGGGCAAUCCACCCACCCCACGCACGCUCCUCCUCCCUCCAAUGACAAUGGGUAGAUCACUGCCAGUUUUUCUUAUACUGGGAGUAGAUUGCAGUCUCUUGGGAGUUGGACGUGCCUGACAUAUGGUAUCAGGUACAGAAUUAACGUUGUGAACCUAUUGUGCAGAGCCUAUUUAAGUGGCAUUUCCAGCCCUCAUCCUUGUUCUAUAGUACUUAGCAAUUCAUUGCCAUGUGCUGGAGCAGAAAGUGGCCACAUGAAUCUGUUCCUGUGCAUGGUACUGUAAACCUGUGGAUAAGAAAAAUGACUGUACUUCUUCCCACCAUUGGGUUGUUGUUGUUGGAAUUAGUGAGAGAGGGAUUGUAAAACUUUGACUAAAUUUGUUCUUUCUUUCAAAGUCACGUGUUCUGCAGAACAUAUAAUGUACAAUGUGUGAUUGCAUACAAGAAAGGCCUAGUUAACCCAGUGCCAAACACAUCCACAAUUGUAAGGGGGGAGCAGCAAAUGAAGGUAGUCCUACCUACUUCUCUCAGGUUUUAGAGAGCCUGGGCUUUUCACCCUCAUUUUUGCAGCCAAUUCCUGACCUUCGGGCACAGAUAAUCUGAAAAUCAGAUAAACUGUUUCCGGAUAAUCGGGAACUCACUGUAAUUGAAAGAUGCUAUUUCCCUCCAGGAUUAUUUCAGAGAUGCAGAGCUGUGAAAUAACCAUGUUAGGCAUGCAGGGAUGAAAGCUAAUAUUUCGUAGCCUUAGAGGGAUCAGAGAAAGAUUCCUUUCAAGGACUAUUCAGUAAAGUUUUUAUAAUAAUAAUUAAGAAACUCUUCAACUUUUGCUGCAUAUAGUAUAUGCAGAGGUGCUCUUGAUAGAUUUGCCCAAAUACUUCUUUUAUAAUAAAAAGGUGAUUCAUUCCUCUCAAAGUUACUAUGUGUUUAGUCACUGAUACACAUCAGUAUUGUAAUGAAAAUCAAUAAUGUACAUUUUUGAUGAAAACAGUUUAGAAGUUUUUAUGAUUAAACAGUAUACAAAGUUUAUUAAGUAAAGAAAAAAUGCAUAUCUACAGCAAUCCUGUGAUAAGUAGGGUUGCGUCAACAAGAAGGGUUGUCCUUCUGCCUUCUGAAAAGGGAGGUGAAUUGCUUCCUCCCCCUCAAAGAAAUAUUUUUAUUUGAUUUUCAUAAUUUCACAAAGGAAGGAAAAGAAAAUACAAUGUAACAACAAAUAGCACACCACAGUUAUCCCCCCCUCCCUCUCCUGCAGUUUUACUAAGUCAGUUGGAGGUACUUACACUUGUUGGUUUUUGUUUUAUUUGUUUUGUUCUGAACUACUCCUUCUUUCAUUUGUGCCAGUGUAGAUUUGGACCCUUCAAUGUGCAUCCUGCUAAGGGAUAUCAAGAAACCUUGCACAGGAUUCAACAAUUCCUUUUCAGUAUGCAGUGGAAUUAGUUGACUGUGUAGUAAGGGAAGGAAGAGGGCCCUUCCAAGGUUUAUUCCACUAACACUAAAAGGUGAUCUGAGGUCUUCUCUAUUUCCAGGUUCUCUAGCUCUUCUUGGGGCCUCUUUUUGGGUGUGCUCUGCACACAAGCUUCUCUGAAUUCCAUCUCUGAACUUUGUUUUAAACAGCUCUCCUCUUGGUGCAUUUUUACACAUGCAGAUAAUCUCAAUUCUUGAAUAUUGCUUCUGGCUAUUUCUCAGUUGCUGCCUGCAUGGUUGAAUAUUGUUGGCACAUCAGGAGCUCACCAACAGAUGAAUGCAUUCUAUUCUGUGACCAGAAGGUUUAUGAGAACAGAAAUUGGCAAGCAGGAUGUCAAGGAACUGGUUGCUGAUGAGAAUUUGGUGAUCAGAAUUACUCGACAUUUUGCAGUUCGUUCGUUUUUCUAAAAAAAAUAUUGUGCAAUAUAUACUACAUGAGCCGCAUUGUGCUCUUAUAACAGGACUCUCCUCUCCUCUCCUCUCCUCUCCUCUCCUCUCCUCUCCCUGUGUGCUCCCAAAACCUGCUCCAGAGGGUCCAUCAACCAGCAUGGCCAGUGGUCAGGAAUGGGAUAAUAAUAGUAAAAUAAGAUAAGAUAAUAUAAUUAAUUAAUUAAUUAUACCCCGCCCAUCUGGCUGGGUUUCCCCAGUCACUCUGGGUAGCUUCCAACAAAAUAUUAAAAUACAAUAGUCCAUCAAACAUUAAAAGCUUCCCUAAAGAGGGCUGCCUUCAGAUGUCUUCUAAAAGUCUGGUAGUUGUUUUUCUUUUUGACAUCUGGUGGGAGGGCGUUUCACAGGGCAGGUGCCACUACCGAGAAGGCCCUCUGCCUGGUUCCCUGUAACUUGGCUUCUCACAGCGAGGGAACCGCCAGAAGGCCCUCAGCGCUGGACCUCAGUGUCCAGGCAGAACGAUAUAUCCAUUGUAUAGUUUAGCUCCUCAUCUAUGCUCAGGGAUUCUGGAUUUGGAUCUAACAGUUGCAAGUUAAACCUGAUAAUGUUGGAGACAGAAUAUUGUUGACAAUAAUCCAUUAUUCAAAUACUGCUGGCCAGUGAAAAGUGGAAGUGGGCUAUUCCUACUCGGCAUUCCACAAAAGCAUUGAAAAUAUAUGGAGCUUGUUUCUGUUUCCUUAGUAAAGCUGCUAUAUUUUUUUGCAGCUGCCUAGGGUGUGUGUUGGUGUAUUCUUUGUCUGGCCUGGAAACUUUGAGCCAGCCAAGAGAAAAAGGCAAACAGUGCAAUGGCAGAGUUCAAGCUGCUUUGGAAAGGGUAGCCCUGUUGAAAGAGACAAAGCAUGGGGAGGAUUAGGAAUUGGGUAGCAGCUGCAGAAUGAUUUGACAUGAAUGUUAUAAAACAGUUUAGCAAGAAAUGAAUGAGAUUGUGUAACUAGUAAGAAAGGAGGAUUUAUUUUAUGUGCAACAGCCGUAUUGAGCAGCUGAUGAUCCCACUUUUAUGGGGGAGGGGAUAUGAAAGUGUAAGGGUCAGCAGGAGAGCAGCAUAAAAAUCUAUGUGCUUAGAAACUGUUGUAAAUGCUUUUAUGUAUUAUCAAUUUAGAAGUGAAAUAUGAUGAACACAAGCAGUGAAGUUUAAUCUAAAUUGAGCAGCUCACCACUCUGCACUUCAUCUCACCAUUAAUGCACACACACAUUAAAUAACUUUCCACCAUGGAACUUUGUUGACUUUUCUCCUGGUUAUACUAACCAAAAGAAAGAGGUGUGAACAGUCUUAAGGAAGCAGAGGCUACAGUAGAAACUCUUGUCUGCACCUCUUUCCAGCUGCAGCCCAAAGCCCUGCGUGAGGUUUUUCCUUUUAGAACAGCAAUGCUGCAGACAGAAGGAGUGUUGUUCCCAUAGAACAAACCUCUUUACUAAUCAGUUUAAUGAAGAUGGAUGUUGCCUGUGUGCAACAUGGUACCGCCACUUGUUGCUUUUGUAAGCUGUCAUUCUAAACAAAUACAGCUGCCCUGUCUUCUAUAUGACAUGACUUUUAUCUUGCGACACAAACUUAGUUUUAAUAUUUUUAGUAAUAUGUCUUUGAAAAUUAUUUCUGAGUGUUGAAGUAUAUAUCACAUUUUUAUGUUGCUUUGCUUCAGCUUGCCAGAUUAAACGAUCCCCCUUCCCCUCCAUGCAUGUUGUUCUAGGGUUCUCCUGAACUCCCCAAGCCAAUUUGAGGGGCAGUGUGGGGAGAAUGAGGAAGUCUCAUUGCACUAGCAGAAGCCCUUACAUGGGCUUCUGUUAUUAGGACUAAUUAGCUGAAAUCAGCCCCAGGAACCUGAAUAGCACACAGACAUUUCAAAUUGAAGAUCCAAAGGGGGGGACGGGACGGAGGACACAGAGGCAACAGUUCAGGAAUCUGCUUUACAAUGUUUUUAGCAGAGCAUUUUUUGUUAAAGGCUUGUUCUCACAGUUAGUGAACUUUAGCAAGUUGAGGGGGCGAUUGCUUUUAUUUCACAUUUCUGUACAGUUGCAUCCCUGAAGCAUCUGGAAAAGAUUUUUCAUGGGAAAAUGAUUUUGAUUUGAGUCAAAGGUGGUGAGAACUGCUACCUCUCCAAUAAUUUAAAAAAUAUUUUUAUCAACCGUAUAAGCCUGAUUCUGCUUUCUUGCCCAUUUUUCAAAUGCAGCAGAAUAUUGUUUCCCUCUUCUUGUUACUUGAAUGAAAAGCAGUAGGUCAGCACAAAGCCUUAAAAGUAUGUACCAGCUAUUACCUGCUUUUCUGUUACUGAAAGAAUAACUUGAGGGGGAGAGUGUAUGUUUUUAUAAACAUAAAAGUGUGUCUGCUAGAGCCCUUUAUUUGGGGGGUGGGUAGACACAGUUGGCAACAAAUACUUGGCAUUCUUAGCUGCCGGAAUCUCUUAAGCAUUUUCUACUCCCACAUGGAGUGGAUGCCAGAUUUAUAAAGAAAUGAAUACUUUAUAAUGGAAUGGAUAAAGGUGCUCAUAUCAAACUUCUUAGGGGUUUUUCCAUACCAGAUGGUUGAAAGCAAAUGCAAAGUCAUUCUUUUAGCACCUAUAUUGAUAUUUGUUCUGGUACAAAUCUAGAGUUCCCAUGAGUGGAGCUCCACUCAUGGAAUGCUUCCAUAUGAGGAAAGGUUGGAGCCAAUCUUCACUAAACCCUCUGUCAUCCUGCAGCCUCUUGAAAAGCUGUUCCAUUAUGGGACUCUCUAGAACAUUGUGGGAGGUGGUAUUGGGGGCUACAGUGAAUCAGUGGACAUUGGCUGCCGCCCCACCCUAUCCAGUAAGAGCCUGCCCUGAAUAUCCGUCCUUUCCACCAAUGGAAAGAGUAGGGAUGGGGAAGAAAUUUGAUUCAUUGUCCCUUACAGGCAAUGACUACUUGGAUUUGCUUUCAGACAUUCUCCUUUUUGUAUCACAUGUGAAACAUGUAAGUCAGUCUUGGAAAACCAUUCAUGUAUCUUGCUAGAAAUGCUAAGAGUUUAAAGGCAUAAUGCCUGUGGUUCUAAACAGUGUAAGCCCGAUAGAUUUCCUUUUAUUUUAAUGAAAUGGAAAUUAUGUGUCAAUAUUACAUAAUGAAUGAUAAACACGAAGCUUAAUUCAAUUAGAUGUGUGCAUAAAAAAGUCAUUUUGUUACUCCAUUCAUUUUCAUUAAUUGCUUCAUUGUUCACUUGUUAGAACUGCAUUUGUACCACUUGUUAUUGUCACUUCCGUUCAUUUUCAUUUCCCUUUUAAAUGAAGGAACCAAAUGCUUUUUCUACUGGUUGUAACUUUGGUGCAUGUCUGUAAGGUAGCUUUUAGUACAAAGGAUUUGCAUGGUAGAUGAGCAAGCAAGGGGCACGAUUGAGAGGGGUGGCUGAGAGGACAUUAAUAGAUGUCAGCCAAGCAUAAAGGAACCCACAAAAGUUCUAAACUGCAGAGGGGGAUGAGAACAUCACAGGCAACUGCCUGAAAGCAGAAAAAUCUAGCAAGGCUGUUAUUUUCUCUCUCCUCCUUUCCUCAAACAUUUUUCUAUUUUAGCUGUAACUCCAUGUCUGCAGUCUCAGGAGUACUUCUGCAAUGAGAAGCCUGUAGUUCUGAAUGUGGCUUGACCGUGUUCUCCAUUUCCUGUCCAUGUCCUAUUUCUCUUCUUGUGACUCUUUGUCACAUUGCUAAUAACAGCUCUAAUAACAUUAUAUUGUCCUUAUUCAGGAGAUGAAGAAGGAUGAUUUUUGUUUACUUCCAAUCUUCUGAGAAAAUAGUCGCUUGUGCAUGACUGCCAUAACUUAUCUGUAAACCCUUACAUAGGAAAUACACUUGGGUCUGUAUGUCAUGGCUGAUAAGAGCAAAGACCUCUUAGCAAUAUGUGGACUUAUUGGAGGUUCCAGGAAGUAUCCCUGGAAACCGCAAAUUUACGAAAAUCAGCAAAAACGGCACUGCUGACAUGGCUUGCCAUAUGUCCGGAUUCUGCUUAUUUCCACCCAGACGCUGCUUUCGAUCACAGUAUUCUGGGUAUGUCCUGGAAAUUCCACAUAUGGCAACCCUAAACAAGCACAUGCUGUUCAAAAAGCAACCCAGAAUUGAAAAGUAAGGCGAUUUCUCAAAAUAAUAGCAGCUCUAUUUUUCCUCCCUGCUUCCAUUGGGUUGUAAUUUCCACAUUGCAAAUGUUUUGAUCUAAGCCCUUAUGACUCAGACUUUAAAGUCAGUAUCUAAGCGCUCAAGUUUAGGAGGGAGUUUGCCUACAGACAAACAUUAUCUCAUUGUGCAUAUUGUAAUAUACUGACAUCCUCAUCUGAAAAAUAUGAGGUGUGGACUGGUUAUCCAAUAUGGUGUUUUUUAUAUUCCUAAACUUCAUGCAGUUCUCCCUGCUACUUACUGUUUAGUGUUGGGCGUUUUACAUAGCACAGAAGUGAGACAGUUGCUGCUGUUGAAAAGCCUUUGCAAUAGACGACAGACAAGACAAAGGUGAAGAGAGGUAGAUAAUAACUUGCAACACAGACGAAGCGGAGGUCAGGAAAGCCUCAGUAGAACAGCUGAGACAUGUGGGCAUUUAUAAAUGGGGGAGGGGGGCUGGGCUGGCAUACCAGUUCCAAACAAAAUGUGAUAACCAGUGUUUCCCUGGAUUAUAUUGUGGAUCAGCAUGCCUUCUAUUGGCUAGCGCAGGCUUCCUCAAUCUUGGCCCUCCAGAUGUUUUUGGCCUGCAACUGCCAUGAUUCCUAGCUAGCAGGACCAGUGAUCAGGGAUGAUGGGAAUUGUAGUCUCAAAACAUCUGGAGGGCCGAGUUUGAGGGAGCCUGGGCUAGCGUGUUAGAUUUGGACAUGAUCCAGAUUUAAAUCUCCACGCAGUUAUGAACUUCACCAGCUGCAUUUCAGGGGUGUUUUGUUGCUAAACUACAGCUUUGAGGCCAUUGGAAGGGAGAGCAGGUUAAGGCUUUAGAUCUGAGGUAGAGCACAUGCUUCACUUUGUGUGCAAAAGGCCCUGGAAUCUCCAGGUAGGGCUGGGGAAGAUUCCUGUAUGAAACACUAGCGAGAUACUGCCAGUCUGUGCUUGAUACUGAGCUUGAUAGAACAAUGGUCUGACUUAUUAUAAGGCAGCUUCUUAUAUUCAGAUAUACCAUGGUUUGUUUUGCUCAGCCAAAAAGAAAAAUCAUCUUAAAAAGUUCUCCUCCUCCUCCUGAAAAAGUAAGGAUGUGUUUUAAAUAUAGACUCCUCAAUAUCACUUUAAUUCAGCCUUCCUCAACAAGAACCUUGGAGAUGCUUUGGACUAAAAAUUCCAUCGGCCUCAGUCAGCAUUGCCAGUGGUCAGGGAUGAUGGCAGUUGUGGUCCAAAACAUCUGGAGGUGGACCAGGUGGGGAAAGUGUCUUCUAAUGAAGUUAGAACCAGAUUCAUGGAGUUGUUCACUCCCUUUGAGGGUAAUUCCAUGUGGGUCACAUGUUAAUUUUUCUAUAUGUUUAUGCACAUGUCAAAAAGCAAUUCCAGCAUUGGUUUCAUGUAAUUUUCCCAGAGAUAAUGCUUUGAACACUGUCAGUUAUAAUGCUUUUACAACUUUACCAACAGGGUUGAGGACCCUUUUCAGACUGGCAAACAAAUAUCUUCAUCUUCACAAGCUUCCAUGAGCCACGUUUGACAGGUGGAUAGGGUCACCCACCUGUCAGUCACCUGACAUCAUAAUCAUAUUGGUUGACAAGAGUGGCUUUGAAGUGCUUUUCUGAGGAAGUCAAAUUAAAAUAUGAAAAUACAAAAAAAAAUAUUAAUUUAAAAAUAUUGUGGUUAGCUUUUCUGGAUAAAGUAAAAGUAUCUAGCAAAAACCAGCCCAGGUAAAUAGGCAAAUGUAUUUGAAGUAUUAAAAAAUUAUGAAGAAAGACAUAAUACAAAAAGGAGGAAGUAUAAUAAGGCAGCUGGGUUACCAACCAUUUGUGUCUUCGAGAGAAAAUAUUUUUUUCUAAUCUUGGUGUUGCGUAGGAGAAAUGUGAUUUUUAUUUACAAAUUAGUGUACAUAAAACUGUACUCAUGCAGAGCCUCACACAUUCAUCAUUGUUUGUAGGCUCAGCCUGCCUGUCCCAUGUCACCCCUUAAAGCACUUAACCUGCAAUAGGCUCACUAAAAUAAGAGUUCCAUGGCUUCCUUGGCAGUAUUCCAAAGUUAAUGACUUGAAAAGUGUCAUCAUGGGAAAGUUUGUAACCUUAUGGCUUAUUUUUCACUUUACAAAAUCGUGGGAAAUAACCUAAAAAAGACAUCUACAGACUCCAUUCCUUUGAGUGGGGCCUGCUCAGAACUGCCAUUAAAAUGUCCUUGUGUUAAUGCUCAUUUUCAUCAGAUUCGUUGGGAGCUGCAUUUGUGGCCCCAGCAUGGCCAUGGCUGGACUGGCCUCUCUUCUUCAGCCUUUGGUGCAGUGGGAGGGUGCACAUCUGUCUCCUCUUACCACACCAGCAGCCAGAAGACUCACUUGCAGGGCUCACUAGUGAGCUGAAGUGUCUGGCUAGGGAGCUGUCAAGCAGUGAAAAUCCCCCUAGAAGGGGAAAAUCCCCCUAGAAGGUCAAAAACCAUUUUGGGAUUCAGGAAGGAUAUCCUUGGAUAUAGUUAGGAGACGGUUUGCUAAGAUCCUUGCAAGAAUUUUGCCAGCCGCAGCUAAUAAAGAGAUCUCUUAAUAAUUUCCGCAGUCCGUUCUGUCACCUUUUUAAAAAAAAUAUUGAUGAUUUUAGCAUCCUUGAAGUCUGCUGGGAUCUCCUCUCUCUCUCUCUCUUUUUUAAAUGAGCUUGUAAGUUCAAUCCCGCCCUCUUUGAAGACUUUGGCAGGUAACCCAUCAGGUCUGCUGGCUUUGUUGUCUUUCGUUUGGUUAAUAGCUGUACACAACUCUCCUAGAUUUGGAGAUCCUGCAAGCUUAUCUCUAAUUUGUUUUUGUGGGAUUUGUGACAGCAGCUAUGGGGAAGCUGCGGUUAAGGAGAUGCUGGUAAUGUUCUUUCCAGCGCAAUGCAAUACAGUAGUUUCCUUAUUUUUUAGAAGAAACUAUAUCAUAGUUUACUGGCCCAUAGACCCAUAGAAGGUCUUUGUGGCUUUAAAGAAGCUGGAUUUAAAGAGUGCUGGAUCUCUUGAGCUUUUUUUUUUAUCCACCAGGUGUUCUUUAGUUCUCUGGUUCUUCCUUGAACCUCAGCCUUAGCAUUGACAUAGGUUUUUUUUCUUAGUGGCACAGUUUCUAUCUCUUUGCCAGAUCUGAAAGGCCUUCCUUUUCUUGUUGAUAAUGCGUUCAAUCUUACUGCCAACGUAUCUAAAUUUUUUAAAUUAAAAAUUGAAUUAAUAUUCAGUGGCCGCUAGCCAUGAUGGCUGUGUGUAGCCUCCAGAUUCAGAGACUGUAUACCUCCAAGUGCCAAAUGCUGGGGGAACAACAGCAGGAAAGGCCUGUUUCCUGUUUGUGGGCGUCAUGGAGGCAUCCAGUUGACUACUGUGGGGACUGGGAUGCUGUACUUUUGGUUCUUGCAGAAAGGAAGCACUGCUUGAACCACUUGUUCCUUACUCCAAACUACAAUGGCAUUCUAUGGGGGGUGGAAAGGAAAUGGUCUCUCCUACAGAGAACAACUGUAGCUUAUUGUCAGCCCACAAGCAGGCCUAAUUCUACAUUUGCAGAUUUGUGUAUGUGGGCAAUGUGCCAUUCUUUUGACAUUUUUAAAAAAUGAGCAGGAUCCAUUUUCUGUUACUGAUCUCAUACAGGAGACGUCUUAGUGUAGAUAUGAUAAAACUGAUGGGUCAAUAGAAGCACUAUUUCAGUGGUCAUUAUGUAUACACAUAGUAAAUAUAGUGUGAUCCCUGUUUUCUAUGUAUGACAGUACAUACAUGAAAUUGUAUGUCGAAACUGUUAUUUCUCUCUCUGCUUUUAGCACGCACAUUAAGAACGUGAUAAGGGAACCUAUUCCUCAAUAAUUGCUUUCUCCUCAGGAAGCAUAUUCUUAAGACACUGUUUUCUGCUUUAGGCAAAUGAAAUUGAGUUUGAGAUACAAAACCCAUGAAUUCAAUUAACACACAAUGUUGCAGUUCCUGUCACAAACGAUUUCCUUUUUUUUAGCAUACUGUAAUUAUAAAAAGUGGAAACUGACACAUUCUUUCAAUGAUUUAGGCUACAAUCCUGUACUCAGUUACCUCAGUAUGAGCUUCACAGAAUAAGACAUUUACAGAACUGCAGUAUUCUUUUUUAAUAUAUAUAUACAUAAAAUUCUAUUAAGAUUACAGAUGAGUUCCUCAAAAUGUGAGCUUAUCUUCUUUUGGGUUAUUCUGUCAAAUGCCUCUGUGUAAAAAUGUUGACUUGUGUCGCACAAUCAGACACAAAAUCCUAGAACUUUACAAUAUGAAGACAUCACUUAACAAUAUAUUGCAGAUGUAAUGAUAGUUGAGAAAAUUGGCUCUCCCUUUUCUCUAAGUGUCGCCAAGCUUCACAAUUCCUUGGCUCAAAACUCAUGAUGCUAAAGUAUUGAAAAGCAUCUGUGAAACCAAACACUUUCUAUGCCAUUUGGCACCCUUUUAUCAUAUACACAAAUGAAACAAGACUGAAAGACUUCACUGGUGAAUCAGCAAAUAUGGGUAUCGUGAUGCCACACUGUACAGGUGGUGUCUCCCCUUCGCAUUAACACCCCAGCACAGUCAGCUCGGUCUUUACAGUCUUUAUUACAUACGUACAAGAAACAGGUACAGUUCAGGAUCAUGCAUCCGAACCCGUUGAGUCAGAUUUGGGGAGUGGUUUCCUUCGAUUCCUGCGCAUCCCUGAGCCCUUCCUCCUCCUGGCUAAUCUCUGCCUUCUCUUCUGCUUCCUCUGUCUCUGGGCGGUUGAAGGGCUCCACAGCAUCCCUGCUCCGCCUCUUCUAUCACUUGCUCCUCCGAAUUCUCCCUGACACACACAGAAGACUUUUUUUUUUACUAGUUGCUGUUUUCAUUAUAUAUUGUAUUGUAUUAUAUUAAUUACUGUAUUGCUGUAUGGACAUUCUGGUCUUGUUUAGAUUGCAAUAUGUUAAAGGCAAGUAGAACUAUAUUAAUAUUUAUUAACCUGUUAUAAGGUGGGGAGGGAGGUAUGCCUUAUGGCAUGUUUGCUUCAAAUUCUAUAUUUGCUUUUUGGCUUCAUAAAAAUAAAAACCCUUUAAAAUGAAUACUGUUGAGGUGAACAACACUCCCCACAAGUCCUCCUAAAAAACCAGCAACCCUCCAAUCAUACAUCCAGCUGUGUGGACAGUAAGGAUGGAGCCAACAUAUUAUCUGCACUGACUCUACGCUCAAAUAUUCAGGAGUUUUUUAGUCUUAGAACCAGCAUGGCACCCUGUUUAUUAACUGGCACAUAUUUUUCCUAUAAUAGUUUCAUUUUUUAAUUUUCCCAUUUUCGCUCUUCUAAACAAGAUAUCUGUGAAAAACUGCAACAAUUUUUAGACAUUGUUUUUAUAAAUCCACACACUGCCACCACUUGUAUUUUGAUGUUGUGUGAGAAUGCAGCCAGUUAAACAACAGGGUGUAGGCUUGAAGUAGAAAAUGUUUCUGAACAGAAGACAGAAAGAUGGUGGUUAGAUCAAGCCUGCAGAAAUUAUGUCCUUCCAAACUGAAUACAAGCAUGCUAGGGAACUUUGAAAAAGAAUCCUAUUUCACUGAAAACAAAAGUGUCAAGAAAAUGUACUGUUGGAGAGGCAUGGUAUGACGUAAUCUGCGAACACAUGGUGUAAAUUAAACAAAAGCAUCAGGGUCUAGAGUAUCAACUCCAGGAAUUUCCCCUAUACUACUUUUCCCCUCACAGGUCACAACUUACUCACAACCAAGUUCCACAUUAUAUUUGUGCUUUCACACGGCUUAAAAGCCACUUAUGGAACUAGAGUGGAAUGUCGUGCAAGUUUAGUGUACAUUUCCAUGAGCAAAUCCCCCCAAAUCAAAUUUGCAAAUGUGGAAAUGAGUGCUAAACCUGUACAGUGAUACCUCGGGUUACAAACGCUUCGGGUUACAAACACUGCUAACCCAGAAGUAGUACCUCGGGUGACAAACUUUGCCCCAGGAUGAGAACAGAAAUCAUGAGCCUGCAGCAGCAGGAGGCCCCAUUAGCGAAAGCACGCCUCAGGUUAAGAACGGUUUUGGGUUAAGAACGAACCUCCAGAAUGAAUUAAGUUCAUAACCCGAGGUAGCACUGUACUCUGUUCCACUAUAGUUUCACUAUACGGUAUUUCACUGUCAUUCAGGAAAUGGCUUUCACAUCAAUACAGUGCUAAAAUUAACAGGGAAACAUGAAAAUGGAAUACACUGCUGUGUGCCUGUAGUCCUAGUCUCAGCAUCAACCCUAAUCUUAGCAUGUAGAUAAGAGUUUGGGGGCCUGGCUACAGCUCUGGAACUCAGCAAUCAGAAGCUUUCAGGUAGAAACAGAAGACACAAUCUUGCUCAUUCCAUAGACAAUCUCAUUUUAUUUGGUAUUAUUGUGUGAAAUGGACCAAGGAACAGAGGCUAUAUAACAGUGAUGGGUGCAAUGUCUAGAAAAAUCCAAGACCUGCGCUACAGUGCCACAAAAAUAGACUUUAUCACUAGUUUGAUUCUAUCUUCCUUAUCUUCUAGAAUCCAUUCUCUUAAUAGGAUUGAACUGCCAAGUCCCGACAGAGAUUAUUAUCUCUAGAGCAAUGACCUAGUGCAGUUAAGAGUUGCUGCGUGAUAAUAUUUUGUCAUGUUUGGAAAAGAUAGUUGCCCUUCCUUAUCAUUUUGUUGUGUUAUACUUAUAUCUAGCCUGGAGGUUUAUUCCAUUUGAAACUAUUUAUCAGGGAUUGAAUUGCAUUAAGCUUCUUCAGUAGUUUCAUUGCUAGUUAUUAAAAAAAGAAAAGAAAUACAGUGGUACCUCGGGUUAAGUACUUAAUUCGUUCCGGAGGUCCGUUCUUAACCUGAAAUUGUUCUUAACCUGAAGCACCACUUUAGCUAAUGGGGCCUCCUGCUGCUGCUGCACCACCGGAGCACGAUUUCUGUUCUCAUCCUGAAGCAAAGUUCUUAACCUGAAGCAAUAUUUCUGGGUUAGCGGAACCUGAAGCAUAUGUAACCCGAGGUACCACUGUAUACAUUUAGGCAAGUGGCAUACUUUUACUGCAGCAACUUUUACCCAUCCAUGAUAUCUCUAAUUUGCACCAUUUGUCCAAUUUUUGUUUCAUUAUAAUUAUCAAUGAAUCAAUAUAAACCUCCAACAAAGUAUUUAACAUUAGAUAAUUUGCAGCUAGAUUAUUUUAUGUUCUUUAACUCAAGUCUGUGCUUCCUUAUGUGGUUAGUGUUGCUUUUAAUUUCUGAUUUUUUAAAAGUAGUCACUUUCCUCAGAUCAUCUUCAUGAAAUGCCCAUUUAGCACAAAGUCUAAUCUGCCCCACAUUUUUUCAUCUGAAAUAACUACUACCUCUAGUUCCAUAUUAAGUUGAAUCCAUCUGAUAUUCUUCCACUGCUGCAGCCAUCCAUAAGCAGAACAGGUACCGAGAUGCUCUUUAGUGUUCUCCCUGCAGCUCCACUCUUCCUACUUUGUUCUUAAAGGUCCCCCCACUAAGGAGGGAAUGUGUGGGAUAUUCUGGAAGGAAAAAUCACCAUGGAGUCCUGUUCCAUUGGAUUGAUAGAAGGCUCUGGUGAAUCAGAGUCUUCUGUCAGUGAAGGCACACUAAUUGGAUACAACCCAAUCACUCCUGCAGAAAGUAACACCUGCAGCAAUGUAUUAUGGGCAUGCAUGGGGAAUCUCACAUUCACAGAAUGCUGAACUAGAUGGACCUCCCAUUCAAGAAAAUAUCUGUCAUUCACUCAUGGGGAAAAACACAAAGAGCAGCUCACAAGAAUACUUGUUGAGUGGGAGCCAAACAUGUUCUAGUAUUUGACGCUGGCAACACAUUCUAGGGAUGGGGAAGGCUCAGUCCUCAAAUUGUUACUUUCACAGAUAAAAACAAAUGUUGAUUUCUUUGAUCAAACAAUUAGAGUAACAAUUUUGGUCAUGGUGAAAUAUUCUCUCUGUUACUGGGCAGUCCAGCAUCAAUAUAAAGUGGAGGACACUGAUUUGCCAGUAGAGAAUGUGAAAAGGAUCCAAGCUUAAUAUGAGUCAACAGUGUGAUGCAGCAGCAAAAACCCUCAAUGCUAUUCUAGACUGCAGCAACAGAAGUAUAGUGUCCCAAUCAAGGGAAGUCAAAGUCCUGCUCUAUUCUGCCAUAGUCAGACCACACCUGGAGUACUGUGUCCAGUUCUGGGCACCACAAUUUAGGAGAGAUAUUGACAAGUUGGAAUGUAUGCAGAUUAGGGUGACCAAGAUGAUAAAGGGUUUGGAAACCAAGUAUGAUGAAUGGUUGGGGGAACUGGGUAUGUUUAUCCUGGGUAAGAGGAGACUGUGAGGAGAUAUGAUAGCCAUUUUCAAAUCUCUUAAGAGCUGUGACAUGGAAGAUGGAGAAAGCUUGUUUUCUCCUGUUCUGGAGGUUAGACCUGAACCAAUGGAUUCAAGUUACAAGAAAGAGGAUUCUGACAAACAUCAGAAAGAACUUUCUAACAGAGCUGUUCAACAGUGGAACAGACUCCCACGAGAGGUUGUAGAGUGCUUCCUUGGAAGUUUUUAAUCAGAUGAUGGACGGCCAUCUGUCAUGUAUUAUCUAGUUGAGUGCCCUGUGUUGCAGGGGGUUGGACUACAAUUCUGUGAUUCUACUUUUAUUUUUAUUUUUUUUAAAUGAUAUUUAUUAAAAUUUCAGAGAAAAUAAAGAAUUACACAAAAACAAAAAGUAAAAAUACAAGAAAAAUACAAAAUACAAAAUACAGAAUAAAAGAAUAAAAAACACUUAAAAAGAGAAGGGAAAAAAAAGAAUAAUGGAUCAAUCUUUCCAUAGCUUACAUUCAUAUCCUUGUUUCCACAAUUCUGUGAUUCUACUUUUAAGGGCCUCGUGGUGUCCUCAGAAAAUUUUGAAAUGCUAUAUUGACUAUUAUCUGUUGCCUGUCCUACACGCUAACCUCAUUGUAGGUGUAAAUUGCAGGUAUUAAAUGUAGUAGUAAAUACGAUUAGUAAGGUUUCCAGAUGUUCUAGCAAUAGAUCCUUUUUGAAAACAAGAAGUCCACUUUCUUCCACCCUCUGCUCAUGAUGUUAUGGGGAACCUUCAGAGUGGCAUUCUCUUGGGUGCAAGGAAUUGUCUAGUUUGCUUAGUAGCCAAUAUAUGAAUGUACAAGCAUCCUUGUAUCCACAAGCAUCCUUUUGAACCUGAGUGACCUAACUGAACUGAGUGUACUAACUGAAAUCUUACUGGUGUCUUUUACAGUGGUUUUCUAUUUCCUAUCUUUCAUAGAAAUGUCAUUCUUAAUAGUCCAAGAAAUGCACAGGCAUUAUUUGCAAUCACAGUACUUAUUGGUUCAUAGUAAUUGUGGUUGACUAAAGUUCCAUUUAAUACACACCCCCCAGCUUUUAAGAAUAUAAAUAUUGAAUUCCAGUUGGUGAGGUCAUCUGCUAUACCUUCAUCAUUUCUUAAUCCAUUUCUGUUUUUACAAUCCCAUCAGUACAUUUUUAUUUCUCUCUCUAGUAUCACUAAUGAAAAUAUGGCAUUAAAUAGGAUCCAAGGUUGUUCCUUAAGGAACUUGUUCCAUUCACUUUUUUCCAACAUCUUGAGAUAAUAUAUUAAUAUAAUUGUGGCUUUUUACAUAGUAAUUCUAUAUAGUCAAAAAGGGGGGGGGCAAAGUCAUUCUGAGCUAUUAACUAUUAGAUUCAAUGUUAAAAACCACAUCUUAUGUUGUCAAAUAUGGAUUUAUGUAAUUACAGGAAAUAAAGUAGCAGCCUCAAUGCUAACUGAAUAAUUUUCAGGCAACUGCAAUUAUAGCUGUGCUAUCUACAAUAUAUUACAUAGAACAUUUAAUCUUCAGGUCACUUUGCAUUCAUUUGCUAUUCACCCAUGUCCUUUAAGUAUUAGAUAGAAAGUCUGUUGUGAUGUCCAUUUUAUAGGUCAGGCCAAGAUUAUGUGCUUUCAUCAGUGCCGUACAGGAGAUCAUUAGCUUAUUUCAGAUACUGUAGUUGUUUUCAGGUAGGGCGUUUGUGAAUAAUAUUGGAGGCUCCAUAAGGGGAAUGAAUACACAUGUGUGUACAGUAUAACAAAAAUGGCAACCAAGGAAGAAGAUUUGAGCUCUCUGUUACCACUAUUAUACUGAUCAUUUGUAGGUGCUGGAGUCUUAAUAUGUUAGUUGCCAGCUCUCUGGCUGAUAAAUUUGUUACUAUGAAUGUGUCCAGAGGCUGAAUAAUGUUAACAUGACAGCUGGGGAUGCAGGAUAAUUGACUGGGACCAAACAUCAGCAGUAGCAGGUGCAGGGUUUAUUCUAAGCUUUUUCCCCCCAACUGCUCAAGCCCCCAAACUUUUAGUAAGCCAAAGAAAGACAAAGGAAAGGAAAGGAAAGGAGGGGAAGAAAGGGGGGAAAAUAAUAAAGAGGGAAACAAGAGGCCGGGAAGGUUAGGAAAAUAAGAAAUAAAAAGACAAAGAACCAGAAAAAUGGAGGUGCCUUGGGAAAACAGGGGAAUAAGAGAAUGCUUUCUCCAUAUUAUCUGGGGAUGAGAUCAUCUGCCUUUCCUAAUUUGAAGUUUGGGUGCUAAGACUCCCAUCUGAUUAUAACAACUAAUUAUAAUUGUAGUGAUUGGUAUUUGCUCUAUGUGGAAAAAAAUUGUUAUUGUCCCUGAAAAAUAUAUUGUUUCUGUUUACUGUUAUGGUACAUUAGGGGUUAAUGAAAGCUUUUCACAAAGCGGAUGCUCAAAAACUGCAUAUUUUAGUUUGUAUAUUAUUCACCAUUUUACCUGGGGUAAUGCAAAGAAAUAGAGGAAAACAACAGAAUGGGAAAAACCAGAGAUCUGUUCAAGAAAAUUGGAGAUAUGAAAGGACAAAGAUUACCAUAAUAAAGGACAAAAGUGGAAAGGACCUAACAGAAGUAGAAGACAUCAAGAAGAGGUGGCAAGAAUACACAGAGGAACUAUACCAGAAAGAAAUGUAUGUCUCAAAUACCCCCGGUAGUGUGGUUGCUGACCUUGAGCCAGACAUCCUGGAGAGUGAAGUCAAAUGGGCCUUAGAAAGCACUGCUAAUAACAAGUCCAGUGGCAGUGAUGAUAUUCCAGCUGAACUAUUUAAAAAUUUUAAGAUGAUGCUGUUAAGGUGCUAUACUCAAUAUGCCAGCAAAUUUGGAAAACUCAGCAGUGGCCAGAGGAUUGGAGAAGAUCAGUCUACAUCCCAAUUCCAAAGGAGGGCAGUGCCAAAGAAUGCUCCAACUACCGUACAAUUACACUCAUUUCACAUGCUAUCAAGGUUAUGCUUAAAAUUCUACAAGGCAGGCUUAAGCGGUAUGUGGACCGAGAACUCCCAGAAGUGCAAGCUGGAUUUAGAAGGGGCAGAAGAACCAGAGACCAAAUUGCAAACAUGCGCUGGAUUAUGGAGAAAGCUAGAGAGUUCCAGAAAAACAUCUACUUCUGCUUCAUUGACUACGCAAAAGCAUUUGACUGUGUCAACCACAGCAAACUAUGGCAAGUUCUUUAAAAAAAGGGAGUGCCUGAUCACCUCAUCUGUCUCCUGAGAAAUCUCUAUGUGGGACAAGAAGCUACAGUUAGAACUGGAUAUGGAAUAACUGAUUGGUUCAAAAUUGGGAAAGGAGUACAAUAAGGCUGUAUAUUGUCUCCCUGCCUAUUUAACUUAUAUGCAGAAUUCAUCAUGCAAAAGGCUGUACUGGAUGAAUCCCAAACCGGAAUUAAGAUUGCCAGAAGAAAUAUCAACAACUUCAGAUAUGCAGAUGACACAAACUUGAUGGCAGAAAGUGAGGAGGAAUUAAAGAACCUUUUAAUGAGGGUGAAAGAGGAGAGUGCAAAAUAUGGCCGGAAGCUCAACAUCAAGAAAACUAAAAUCAUGGCCACUGGUCCCAUCACCUCCUGGCAAAUAGAAGGGGAAGAAAUGGAGGCAGUGAGAGAUUUUACUUUCUUGGGCUCCAUGAUCACUGCAGAUGGUGACAGCAGUCAUGAAAUUAAAAGACGCCUGCUUCUUGGGAGAAAAGCAAUGACAAACCUAGACAGCAUCUUAAAAAGCAGAGACAUCACCUUGCUGACAAAGGUCCGUAUAGUUAAAGCUAUGGUUUUCCCUGUAGUAAUGUAUGGAAGUGAGAGCUGGACCAUAUAGAAGGCUGAUCGCCAAAGAAUUGAUGCUUUUGAAUUAUGGUGCUGGAGGAGACUCUUGAGAGUCCCAUGGACUGUAAGAAGAUCAAACGUAUCCAUUCUUAAGGAAAUCAGCCCUGAGUGCUCCCUGGAAGGACAGGUCCUGAAGCUGAGGCUCCAAUACUUUGGCCACCUCAUGAGAAGAGAAGAUUCCCUGGAAAAGACCCUGAUGUUGGGAAAGAUUGAGGGCACAAGGAGAAGGGGACAACAGAGGACGAGAUGGUUGGACAGUGUUCUUGAAGCUACCAACAUGAGUUUGACCAAACUGCGGGAGGCAGUGGAAGACAGGAGUGGCUGGUCUGCUCUGGUCCAUGGGGUCAUGAAGAGUAGGACAUGACUAAACGACUAAACAACAACAACAGGGUUCAGGGUCCAAAACAUAAUGACCUUAUUCCAGUUUGUCUGGAGACCUUGUGCCAAUUGACCUAAUUCAGUAUGUAAAUGCUUCCAAGCCUGAGGGUAAACCUCCUAUGUGGCUAUGAGUGCCACACUGGCGACCCCUGUCCUAAUGUAUGAAUACUUUGGUUUGCAGUUUUUAUUUUCUUUAUUAGGGAUUUGGCUGCAAGGGACCUGGAACUGCAUUUUCUGGCUUGUGUACAGUAACUUUGCUGAACAUGCAAUGUGUUUGAGGCUGCUCAGCAGUUUUAGAACUCUUUUCAUCAUAAAUAUACAGGAGUAAGGAACUGUAGAGCAAACCCAGCAUGGCAUAUCUCUUUUCUUUAUGAGUUAGUGGCUGCUGCAUUAGAUCAUAUUGGGCUUCCAUCAAUUUUCUGGUGCCAUGAACCUUUUGGGAAACAGAGGUUGUCCUAACUGGGAUAGAUGCAAUGUGUAGGCUCUUUGUAUCAUAUCAAUGGGACUAGGAAAUGUCCAUUGUUUGGGUUUUUUUAAAAAAAAAUGACAAAGAGAACCAAAUACACUUUUUUGGAGGGGGCACCCAUCUGUCUUGAGAAACAAUAGGGUGCACCUAUGGGGGUGAAGUCAAACCCCUUCAUUAGCAGCACCAGAGUGAUUUCCUUGGGGAACAAGCCUGAGCAGUGUGUAUGGAGGUCCUGGGCUGCCCAGAUGGCAAUACCCCCCUCUCAGUCUUGCUGAUGUGGUCCAAAGGAAAGCAGAGCAAUACAUUUGGCUGAAGGAGUUGUUGGAAGGAGGCAUACAAGGCAUCAUCCAACUGUGUCAGGAACUCCACUCCGGAUUUCUGUAGAGUUUACUCCUUAGCCUUUUCUUCUCCUGAAGAUAUCUCUCAAGGCAGCAGUGAUUUAGGAACAGAGUUUUCCUUCUCCUAGAUAGACUACCUUCCCAGCCUGACAAGCCCCAUCUUCCCCUCACUUCCCUCUACAGCAUGUGCAGAAACCACCUUCUUGUCUGUAGGACCCACUAUUAGCCUCAUUGGGCUCAAUCCACCAGAGUCUGUCUUUGCAUGCCGGGGAUGUCCCUAACUCACUGAGAGCUUGAGACCCAUUGGCUACCCUCACCUGGUUUAGCCAGCCAAUUGAAGCUGUUCCUGGGUGUGGCCGCAGUUGCAUACUGACAACUUCUAGGAACCACGGGGAGAGCCAAGUGCAGGGCAGGGACCAAAAGUGGACAAACUAUCCCAGAAGGAGCAUGACAUGUCCCCCACCAGAGGUAUUACCCAUCCCCUAACACCCCAUACACCCCAAGUACAGACCAUAAAGAAAUAAUGCUUCAAGCCUGAAAGUUGCCAGAAAUACUAGCAAUAUCAGCAUGUGCUAUAAGAAUAAGAACCCAGCUAGCAGAAUGUACUCACAUUUUUAACCUGCAGCAACUUUUCAUUAAUUUCAUAACAGUACAAAAUUAUAAAUUAAUUUACUGCAGAUAAACGUACUGCAGUAAAACUGAGUACACAAAACUGCACAUGUGCAGGCAAAAUAUAUUUCCAGAAAAGAGGUUGACUGAUCCCUGCACCCCCCUUUUUAAAUGUAGAAAUAAUCAACAGUUCACAAAACAAUUGGCUUUCAAUAGAAAGAAUUACCUAGCACAGCACAAAAGAAAUAUAAUGACAAAUGCAUUCCAGUUUAUUGUUUCAGUACAGUUUAAAGAAAAUGCUGCAUGGUGAUUUGUUGCCUUGCUGGGCAGUGUAUUGUUUCCUGAUAAGUAGUGUGUCAUGAAUAGUGAUUUAUACUCAGCAUUAACUCCUCCCCAUUGCUUACAAAAGAAAAGUACAGAAAUUUUAGUGGUAUUAUUUAUGUUCUGGGGUUGCUUAGAGCCCUUUUAAGAUGUUUGUUAUGUAGCUUCCUCCACCAGAGGUACAGAGGGUGACAACAAGAGAACAGACCUUUUCUGUGGUGGCUCCCUGCUUGUGGAAUGCUAAGGAACGUACCGUUAGGCACCAAGCAAAAAUAUUCUCCUUCUGCAAGACACAUAUAUUUAAAAAGCUUCUCAAGUAGCUACCUGCCGACUGCUCCAUGUGGCUGGCAGGCAGCAAAACAAAACAAACAGAGCAACAAAUAGGUGUAUCCAAGAACUAGAAAAUAAGAUAGAAGCAAGAAAGGUGCACUAAAAGGAAGGUAGAAACAGCUCUUUAGGAUGUCAGGGAUUCUUGUAGCCAGGGUCCAACAACUUAUGUCUCAAUCACCCAUUUACUUCACCCAUUGGCUAAAAACAUUGGCAGCCAGGCUGACUCAUUUCACAGAAAUUGCUUGGGUACCUGCGUGUUUUGCUUCAUAUCAUUUUCUUAGGAUGGCUAGCAUAUUGGAGGGCUAUUUAUGUGCUCCUCUGCUUUCCUUUGACCCACUGUUUUUAGAAAAAAAUGUCAGGAAAUCCUGUCACAAAUAUCUCAUGUCUCACCUAAUUUGGUUCUCAGGGCAACUCCUAGAGUGCUUUCAUACUUGAGGCUGGAAUAGUUUUUGUGCAUCUCUUCCACUAUUUAUGUUAAUAGCUCAUGGAAGGUUAAAGCAUAAGAGAAUGUGGAGCAGAGGCAUUUGAGAUGCAAAUGACCAUUCUUGUCAACACAAGUUUUGCAUUUGCAUCACAAAGCAAACUGAAGCAAGAGCCGCUUGUCUCUCUGCACUUUCUGUGGACACAAGCUCCAGAGUGGAGGAAGCAGCAGCAAGAUCUGUAACUGGGGUUUCCUCCCUCAUCACUUAGUGCAGACUAGACAUAGCAUGUGAUCACUUCUGGUUGUUGUUCUUUUUAACCAAAAGCAGCUUGGGGAGGCUGUGGGUUUAAGUGGAAGGUGUGUGUGUGUGUGUGUGUGUGUAUAUAUACUAAAUGUUUUGCCAUCUUGAGUUUCAGACAGUCUUUUCCAGCCUUGCCUGGAGGUGCUGGGGAAUGAACCAGGGCCUUUUUGUAUGCAAAGAAUGCACUCUCUGACACUAAGCUUUUCCCACCCAUGAGCCUGUCUUUCUUUGGCUAGAAUUUCCAUGGACAAUCUAUGUGUUUUGAAUUUACACAAGAGUGUUCCUGUUUAAGAACAUAAGAGCCCUUCUAGGUCAAGACCAAGGGCCACCAAGUCUAGGGUUCUUUGAAAGUACCCCCAAAACCAGCACACACUUCGUCUGCUGGAAAUUGAUCAAAUGUGGAUCACCGUCCACCUUCUGUCAAUUUCUGUGACAAGUGGAAGUAAAGCAUUGGCAUUAUGGCUAGUAGCUGUUAACCCUAUUUUCAAGCCAUCCACAUUGGAUGUCAUCAUUGCCUCCUGUGAUAGCGAGUUCUGUAGUUUAACUCUGCACUCUGUGAAGAAGUGUUUUCUUUUAUCUGCCCUGAACCAUCCAACUUUCAGCUUAUUUAGAUGUCCAUGUGUUCUAGUACUUUGAGAGAGGGAGAAAACCUUUUGUGUAUAUCCCCAUGCAUAAGUUUGUGCUAUUUUAUCAUGUCACCUCUUAGUCACCUCUUCUCUAAACCGAAAAGUCCCAAAUGCUGCAACCUUUCUUCACUCCACCCCCUUGUUCAUUUUCCUUGCCCUUUUUCUGAACUUUUCUUAACUCUACAAUAUCCUUUUUCAGGUGAGGUAACCAGCGCUGUGCACAAUAUUCCAAAUGUGGUUGCACCACAUAUUUUUAUAACAGCGUUAUGAUAUUGGCAAAUGUACACUGUCCUCUGGGGUUGACUUAUUGGGGUUAUUUCUUAAAGUAUGGGCCGACUCCAGUGGUAUGUUCUACUAUCGGACCUUUGACUAUCUCUGUUGGUUUCAUAGCAGUGAUCAUGUUAACAUAUGGAUUUAUAAACCUGGCUGUAAUCUAUCUGUGUUGGAGUAUGCUGGGAAAAGAGAGAUGGGAAAAUGCAACAAUCCUGAAUUGUUAGACCUGCACAGAUUUGUACACUUAAAACCAUGGGCUCGUUUUUUAGAAGCAAGUUUGGAAGGAAGUAAUGAAAGUUGGAUUGCCUGAAGCAGUUAAAAGAUGGACUGGCAAAGCACUCAAGAAUAUAAUAAAAUAUUAAAAUAUAAUGGUGCCAAGGAAAGAUGACUACAUGUCUUUUCCACCUCUAAUCUAAUUCAUAUGUAGACUUACUUAAAGUGCACUCUACGUCUGGUGUCUUUUUGGCCUGACCGGGCAUUCCUAGGUAAAAAAAUUCCAGUUCAGGCUUUGCUUCUGGAAGACUGAAAAUUUGCGUCAUUAUUUUUAAAAUGACUAGACUGUUGUUUUUUUGGUUUUGCAUAUUGCUUUACUUUAUUGUCUUACAUAUUUUUAUCUUGUACCCCACCCUAGAAUUGAUUUUAAUGUAAAACAGGUAAUAAGUCACAUAAAUAAAUAAAGCCUGCAAUCUUAGGUGCACUGACCUAAGUAUAAGCCAUUGUGGCACAUUGAGACCUGCUUCUGAUGCCUAGACUUUUCUUUUUCACUAUUGUAGGAAAUUUACUGAGCAUUCCCAUAUGGAGCUGGGAAACAUCUGAAACCAGGCUGCUUGCAUUCGUAGAGCUGAAACCUGUGGGCAGGUUUCCUUUGCCUUCUUUUGUCCAGUACUAGCUCCCUCUAAGGGGAGCAUAGCAAGAAUGGAUCGAAUGGCCUGCUCCAGUAAUGGCCCCUUUUGGAACACUAUUCUGUUUACUGUUGGUGAGAACACUGCAGGUGGUAACUUCUCAAAUUCCCAUGCCUUCAAAGGGGUGCAGCAGGGCCCUCCAGUAGCAGAGCUCCUCUCUCCCACUGGGAGAACACAUCAGAGCCUGGCGGAGAGACGCCCCUGGCUAAUCAUAAUCCUAUCCAGCAGCUCUCCUUAGGGGACAAAGCUUGCACCGUUGAAUUCUUUAACUGCUUGUUAUUUUGCCACUUCUGACUGCAACUGAGUAUCGUUAUAGCUUCUCUUAUUGACAAUUAAAGAAGUGAUCACACAUUUCUGUGCUGUUUACUUAUGGUCAAAAGUAUCAAAUUGCUGGUACAUAUUAUUGUUUUAUUUUAUAUUAAGUUUUCAAUUAAAUUAAUACAUAGGAACAGUUUUAUAUCUGCUUCACAGAAUAUUUCUAUAAUUCAACACAUUUCUUUACAUUUUUUUCCCCAUUUUUGUAAAAGAAAAUGGACUAUGGGAGGCACCUCAGAUAACACCCAAUAGAUCUUAUAUUAUUACUAGAUUAAGUUCAUUAAUUUCAAUAAGUCUACUCUGAGUAAAACAUAAUUGAAAACUGCCCACCAGUAUUCAAAACCCCUUUUCUGAGAUUUAUUAAUAACGCCAUUGUGAGAAAGUUGUGACUGUUUAUAUUCUGAUCAUUUGUAUUAUGAGAUUUGGGCAGAAUGAGGAAUAGAAGAGAGAGAGAAUGGGAAAGACAGCAGAAGCACUAUUGCAGUAAACAGUGCUUUACAACUGUAAGCAGAUAGAUGGGCAAGAGUAGAUUAUAAAGGUUAUCUGGGGCAUGUCCAGUGCAGAGGGGAUUGUGUUGCUGCCUGUUUAAUCUCUCAACUCCUUAGAAUUUUACCUAAUACUUCAUAGAAAGUAGAGGUCCUUUUGAUCCUGGAGCUUGAACUCAGAAAGUUAUAUUGAAUAUCAUAUGAACAAUUUGAAAAUUACAUCAAGAGUAUCAUUUUUUAAAGAAAUGUUUUUCGAAUCUACUAAUUCUGAACUUGGAAGAGACUGCAAAUUACAUCAUUAGAGGAAUAGGCAAAGAUUUUUGGCAUAGCACAUUGGCAUUUAGAAUAUCCUAUUACAAGAAACCUUUUGAGGGUACUACACCUAAAAGGAUUUAUGAAAGUGCUGGUACAAUAUGUUCAGUUCUGAAAUAAAAACAGCUGCCGCUCUGAAUUUCUUGGAGAAAUAUUAAAUAAACAAUACUGCCUGAUUUUUUCUGAAUUUUAUUUUUAUAACAAAUUUGCAUAAUUGAUUGUUGUCCACAUUACAGAAUGAGGAGAUCAAAAUAAACAGUGGGUAAGUGCAAAUAAAUAGAUCAGAGCAAUUGGGAAUACUAAUAAUUACACCCUGUUUUACAAGAUUAUUAGGAAGAGGGAUGAAAAGUUGGAUUUGCAGGGUCCUGUGCACUAUGUAAAUCACAAUGCUAGCCAUUGCUCCUUUCACAUUAUUACAUCCUGCAGUCAGACUGGUUGAUGUGAACUUACUUUUCAUAUGUAAGGAUUCUACAUGUAGAAAGCCUUAACCACUAUCAGUUUUUGCCUGGCACUGGUCUAUUGUAAGCAUGAGUAUACAGGAUCUGGAUUUCAGGCUGCUUUGUUUCCCCCCCGCAAUGAGCUUUCUGUGGGCAGACUAUAAAGGAUCUGUUGAAGGUCACCGGCUCCAAUGAUUGUCCUUUAUGUAAUGGUAGCUCUGCUGAGGGAGAUAUCAGAGUGGUGGGGGAGGAAAGGAAGUAGGCAACAGCAAUGGCAUUUGCAUUAACUUGAUAGUGCAACAUACACCUCAUCUUGGAAUCAGGCAAUUCUUUGAAAGCCACUUAAAGUUCCAUAAUAGCCCAUGGGUUUUGAUUUCCUCUUUUGAUGUGUGAACUUGAAGCAAAGCCACGGAACAGGAAGAACUACAGCAAGUAUGCCUGUAAAGUUGGAACUGAAAGAACAGACGAUCUAUGGAGAAUUCACAUUUUUGCAUCUGCUUCAUUUAAGAGAGGAGCAGCACUCAGUAUGACACACUUCCCAUUGCACAUCAAUAUGAGAUCAUGAUUUUAACCGAACUGGAUGGAGGAGGAAGGAAAAUCCCAUGUCAAUAAUUUUGUUUCCUUCACACAUUAAAGGGAUAUAAAAUGUGGUUUGCAAUGUAAUACAGGAUAUGUAAUAAAAUGGAAUAUACCUCAUACCAUUUGUCAAAUUAACGUUUUCCGUGAUGAUUUGAAGAGAGUCAGAUGUUACAGAAAUUUUACUGAAUGAAAUGGAGAGGUACCCAGACUGGAUAUGUUCACAGACUGACUGUGCACAGUGGACUGAAUCUCCACUGAAGACUGAGUCUUCAAUGGGUGGUUGUUUUCCAUCAGAGGAAGACUCUUUUGUUUUUCUAACUACCAGCGAGUUGAGGGAAGGAGGCCCACCCAUUUGCUGGCUGGCAUAGAGCCACUUCUUUGUUACCUGAAUGGCCCAGGUCUCUCUGCUUCACCAGCCUGGGAGCUGACAUAGGGAAGGAGACACCCCCCCACACUUUUCCUUGGCUGGUACCACUGGUGCAGCUGUGAAUGUGCUUAUGGCUACACUACUCUAACCAAGCGUUUACAAUCCCUAAAUUGGGAUGCACUUGGUCCCUUUGUUACCAUCACAUUAUGUUGGCCUUGCUGCUAGCACAUGGUGACAAUAGGCUUUGUGAUAAAUGAAAAAUAUGAUGUGGCAGUCCAUCUUUUUGAUAUGCAUAUGGCUGAAGUUUAACAUUUUAUUGUUAGAUAAGGGGAAAGAUUCUUAUAUAUGAGGAUUUAACUGUAGGAGGUUUUUAAAUUAGGUACCAGGUGCUUGAUCUGGAAACUCCCACGAAAUUCCCACCACUUUUACUUAGCCCAUGGAGAUUUUGGCCACCCUCUGGACUUACGAUGCAAUUAGAACAAACGAGGUUAUGAGGCUACUUUUUCAGUGUGGCUUAACAAUCAAUCCAUCUUCCCGGGGAUUCUUGGAAAUUAUAGCUCUCCAAGGGCAAUAGGAUUUGUCUAACAAACUACAGUUCCCAGGAUUCUUUGGGGGAUUAUACCGCUGUUAAAGUGGUAUAAUAGUGUUUUAAAUAUAUAAUGCAGAUGUAGCCCCAUACUUCCUGUUAUUACUGGGUAUGGGGAACUAGAUUUCAGAGAAGUCGUGCUACUAAAUUGGCUGCUACAAAUAUUUUCCUAAGGCCUAAAUGAGAACGCUAGCAUGUAUGAAGAUUGUAUUUAGCAUUAGCCAAAACUGUUGACUAUAAAUGUAGCCUAAGGUAUUGAUUAUAUAUUUAGCAAAGCUAUUAAUUAUGGUGUACUGUAUUAAAGUCUAAGAAUGUGUAGAGGAAUAUAAUCAUUUAAGAGCCUAGCUGCAGAGUAGUAUAUAAAAUAGAUGAAGUACUACAAAAAAAAUUGCUGUUAAAAUGAGGCCUAUAGCAGCUACUCUUCUCUUACCAGUGUGCUUAAAGGUCUUGGAUGUGAUUCUGGAUUGUGCUUCAUAUUGCAUUCAGCAGUUUAUUUUCUGGGUAAAGUAUAUUUGUGAGUCUUUUAUGUAUGGAAGCUGAGAAAUAAGUAAUGGUCAUCCUAGUAUAAAUCCCAUUUGUGACCUACUCUGAAUUUUCUAGCACAAUAUUGCAAAACAUAUUAUGUUUCUAAAUAGUAUGGUGUUCAAAAAACACUUCUUCUCUUGGACAGGGUUUGCAACAUACAGCAAUAACAAAUCACAGUAAUCUUAAAAGCAGAUUAAGAUUUUGAACAUGCAAAGAAUAAAAAUAAAUUGUAGAGUAUUUUGAGCAUAUGCUGCUGUAUAUGAGUGAACUGUAAAUAGCUAUGAUGGUCAGAACACAGGGGAAAUGGGAUUAAUUGUAAUCCCACAGCAUUUGAGCAGCUAAAAUCAUCCAAUAGCUGGGGGGGUCAAUUGAUCAUUUUAAAACUAAUUCGAAUAUAUUUUUGCUUUAGAAAAAGCAGACAGACAGGAAGAAAACUGCAACAAUCUUAUUUACAGCUAAUGGCCAGACAUUACAGAUGUUUCUACUAAUCUUUGCAUAUUUGAGUAAGAAUAUAUUUACAAAAACAAGCCUAUUUGCAGUGCAAUCUUAUGCCCACCUACUCAAAAGUAAUUCCCAUUAAGUUCAAUGAAAUUUAUUCCCAGGUAGUUGGGAAUGCAGCCAUAGUUCAAUAUAUUGACCUGGUGUGAACAACAUGGUAAGCCAAUUUAUGGCUUUCUGGCACUGCAAAAAUGUGCAGGCUCCUGGAGACGAUCUCACAAACACUUCGUUCCUCCCUGGUCCUUUUUGUUCCACUGAGCAAAGGUUUAGUUUAGCUUACCAUCCAUAUGUGGACUCCUUGUUAAGCUGUCUUCUCACUAACCAUGAGUUUGGCUUCUCGUGUUGUGUGAACCAAGCAAAUGUCACAACUCCUGAAUUAUUUAGUGGACCUGUAUGAUGCUUUUAUUUACAUACACAAACAAACACACACUAUGUUUAGGGUUAUUGCAAAAUCCGUGCAACAUAUCAGUUAGACUCAUCCAGAAGCAUGUGGGCUUCUGUCCGUCACCUCCCCUCUCAACUCAAAUCAUGCUUAUUGUUACCACAUUCACAAUGUACUUAUUUAAGCAAAAACACAGCGUUAUAUCCAAUUAAUUCCUACACAUAGAUGAUCCAUUGAAAUUAAUGGAACUUAUUUAAUCAUAUUUAUUAAUUUAAUUUGAUGCUACUCUGAGAAGCGUUGGCUACGGGCCUUAAAUUACAACAGAGGUCACCAAUCGUUUUGGACCAGAGGGCAAAAUUUUGAAUUUUGAGAAAGUGCUGUGGGCACAAGUGAACAAAAUAGCUACCAUUGGAGGCAGAGCUGUUGUAUUCUGCUCAUUAUGAGUUUGAAUUGAAAGCAUAACACAAAAUUAGAGUCAUAGUCAUUGCUGUUUCCCUAUCCCGUGGGACAAUGCUUGCCAUGCGACAUUAGCUACCUCAAUCUGGUCCUGACUGGGGAGCUCAAACAAUUGAUUUCUCCUACAUGCACACCUAUAACAACAGGGAGCAUUAUCCAGUACCAGGAAAAAUAUACAAAAUGGCUACACCACACUCACUUUUUUGCAUACAAGAUACAGAGCACAGGCACACAUGCAUCUCUCCCUCUCUUUCAUAGACCACACAUUCAUACAUUCCCCCCUUAAACACAACACAUGUCCAUCUCUCCCUCUCAUAUAUAUGGGUGUCUGCAAUAAAAAAAAUUGUGUGUGUGUGUGUGUGUGUUUGAAAUGUUGAAAGGUUGGAGCAGACUGGCAGGGAAAGCUCCUGCUAGUGCAACUGUUUAGUUGAAUCUGACACUAACUUUUCUUUUCUAAUGAAAGCUGGGAAUCUGGGGGUUGGGGUUUACUCCAGGGGCAGCACAGAAGGCUUCACAGGUGCCAUGGUGCCCGCAUGUGCUGGGUUGGCAAUCCCUGGUACAAUGUUUAAACUCCUUGUUAAUGUCAAAGGCUUGUGAGGGAGAAAGAGAGAGAAAAAGCUUUUCAGGUUUCAUGGGUUGAAAUAAAAUGUCAUGACUGUACUAGAGAACUUAAUGCUGAUCCACUGCAUUGAUUCACUUUGAUGACCUCUCCCUAAAACUUUGUGUUAUUAAUUAGGUCUCAAUUGUGUGUUUCUUAGAGCUCCCUGAAGAGAAGAGGCAGCAGGGAUAUUCACAAAGAAAAGAAGGCAUUUGCUCAGGUACCUGUUUCCAACCAAGUAUAUGUUUUAUAAAGUCCACAUGAAGAUUGACCGAGCAAAUUGAUGCUGUUCCUCUGUGUGCCCAGGUGCAGUGAGCCUGCUACCCCUAAAGUGUGGAGGAUGAGAAGCAAAAUAGCCACAGUACAACGAUCUGGCAUCAAACAAGCCACAACUUUUAUUGAUUACAGGGGUACAUAGGCUUAGGCUUUGGCACUGAGUACAUCCAAUACAUCUGCUGGCUGGUUACAAUUUGGGGUUGAUACUGAGUUAGGAUUGACUUAUGUCAUACAUCAAAUAGGAACAGCCCCUCAGGAUCGCCACCCUAGGGAGUGCUAUGGCCCUCAGCCCCCAUCCGGGCAUUUGGACAGAAGGACCUCCCUAGGAUCCAUUCAGUGUGACACCCUGUUAGCUUAGAGUAGGGAGAGGCUAAGACUUCUGACUCCACCCCUUGCACCCCGCUUGAUUAAGGAUCCCACCCAAUGCUUUAUCCGCCAAAAGUUGUGACGGUUGCUGUGAGGUAAUCAAAAAACCCAGACGGAUCCGGUUUGCCUGGAGGAAAAAUCCCUCACCUUGCAUAGCAAGGUGUUCCCGCAGACCCACCUGAAACUCUGCCGAAAAAGGGAGAGAGGGUGGGAGAUCGUGAUUCAAUUGAGAUGCAUGCAAAAAAAGAGACAAACCCAUUUUAUGUCCAAGGAAUGGACCUGAGUGAAGACUCCCUGCCAGGGAGAUCCAAGUUGGGUCUGCACCCCUCCCAAGGACAUGCUGCCAAGGACAUGGCCAGAUUCACAGGCAGGCUAAAUUUAAAUCCCACGAUUAGUGGGAAAGGAUGGGAGGUCUCCUGCCAGUUGUUAAGGAGCCAGAGAAGAGGUGUCAUGGCAUGCUACAACUGACACCUCACAGGGGAAAGGUAAGCAGGAUUUACAAUUUUUUUAAACGCUAAAGUUGUCAGACCCUCCUUAAAAUCAACUUACAAUUCAGAAUUGCUUGUAGUUUUUAUAUAAUACGCACCUUUUAUUCCCCCCCCCCCCCCGCUUCUAUCAUGUCUAUAGACAAAAGCUGAAACUUUUCUUAUGGAAAAUAAAGCACCUUGUCUCAAAGUGUUUGGAGCAAAGAGAGCUCAGGGACAUUCACUAAAUUUAUCCUUGAUGCCAAGGUUUUUGUGCUAAUGAGCAUCUUGCCACUUCACGCAUUGAAACAACACAUAGUGUGUUAUUCUCUCAGAGUUUGAGACAUUGUUUUUUCAUGAGAGCUGAACAGCAUAUGAUAGCAAGAUAUCCGUUUCUUUCCACCGGAUUAAAAUAGAAAAGUUAAAGCCAUCCACUUGCUUCGCUUGCAUUCAAUUUUUAUUAAAUUCCUAAAGUGUGGAUUUCCUCAGUACUCUUGGUUUAGAAUUCUACUCCUAUCCUGUAAAGAAACCCCACCCCCCAGUUUUUAUACAAUUGUUAUAUAGAUUGGGCACAUGCAUUAGAUUUCCACUCAGUGGUUGUCUUUCAACUAUCAAAUCUCAUAUUAAUAAGCCUCUGUAUGCACAGGUUUCAUGCACCUGUAUGAUUAAUCUGACUGUUGCCAGUGGAAGCUGAAGACAAUGACAGGCAGAUAAAGAUGCUGUGAGUCUCCAUGUUACUGCUCACUGCAGACUGUAUCUGGACUAUAUUUUCCACCUACAUUUGCCCUUUUCCAAAUACAAUAAAGUUACUUUCAACUGAGAGCCAGCCGUACAACAGAGCUGUUAAGCAAACAGAGGCCAGAAAACCAAUUUAAUAUGUCUAGACGAAUAAAGAUGUCUUAACUUGGAGCCUCAAAGCUUGUGGUGUCAAUGAAGUUUUCUUUCCUCCUUGAAAGAUUGACAACAUGUUCCCCAUUAUCUGACCAGCUGAGGGAAAGUGGCAUUUCUGUUCCAUGUAUAAACACAUAUACUUGUUCCUAAGUGUUUUUUGUCACUUACAUUAAGGUACUCAAAUUUUUGGAUCAAAUAUUAGAAACACAGGUUUAAAAAAUCCAAUGAUGUGAAAACAAAGAGAGUGUCAGCUAUACUUCUCUGCAUUUAGUUUUAUUGAAAAAAAAGGUUUCUGUUCAGCAGAGCUGCAGAAUGGAGCUUCUUGGAAAGUGCCAGGCAGCAGUCAGGACACAAAGAAAACUGUUUCUUCAGCGCAAGGUAGGAUUAUUGGCACCAGCCCAAUUUCCUGGGCACCAGCUAUGCUGCCAUCUCAUCCAGCUUACAGCCCAGUAAGUGCAUAGCCAUAUUCUGCCUGGCAAAGACCAUUAAGGUGGUGACAGGAGUUGGAAGAUUUGAUUUUCAUCCCUUUCUCUUCAGGUCUACCUACUGGACAAAGAUUAUAUAGUUAUAUACAUUUUGCAGUAUGAGCAAGCCCUCAAUUUCAUCACAGCUUCUGCGCUGCAAUCCUAAUUUGUUCAUGUUCCUCUUUUUGCCCCCCCCCCCCUUUCAUUUUUGCAUCUGGUGUAUAUUGCAAGCUCUUUGGCAGCUAAUGUAUCUGUAUGUAGAACUCUCUUCAAAAUGCAGAGUACACAUUGUGUAAACUUAGCUGACAUGCCUAUACCCUGUAUGUGCCCAGAUUCUGUGAAGACCUCAUCAACAUACAGAGGUUGGAUGAGGAGGCGGUAAUGGGCAUGCUAUGACCUUCUCGUGGAUGCGUUGACUGAAUCUUGCAUGAACAGUUCUAGAGUUGGGGCCAAUAUAAGGGGCAAAACAAUGCAAACACACCUUAUGCCUGGGGGAUGGGGUUGGAUUAGGUAGAUGUCCCCACCACCAGCAGCUCAACCAGCCUGCCACUGUUCAUCCUUCUGCAGGCCAAAUGGAGCUGGGUGAGCAGUAUUUCUUCUGGUGGUAUUCCCACCAGCAGGGGCCAAUGAAACUCCAAAACAGGGCAUUCUGGUGGCAAGGAAGGGAUGGUGUUGAUAAGACAAUAGAACAGCUUUUCCUAGUUUAUUGCACUUAUAACUAGCUGGAGGUGAUGGGAGUUGUAGUUCAUCAUCAAGCAGGUCAUCAAGUUGGAGGAGGCUGCUGUAGAUGAUUUCUAAGAGAAACUGGAUCCCACAACCAGUGGGAGUUCAUAUCUGAUAAACGAGACUGUCCAAUAGAUCAGGGCAGCUAAUCUGUCACUCUAAGAUUGGUUCACAUUACAGAUUUAUCUGGUAACAAAUGAGCUAACUUCAAUUUCUAAUGUAGAAAUUACAUGGAACUUUUAUUUGCAUAUUCUGUGCUAUAAUCCUGUUAUUUUCCUGCUGCUUAGCAUUUAAUAGCUCUGCCUUGCUACCAGAGAUGGUCCUUAAUUAGCAUGCCGUUUGGUAAUGAGCAUAUGCUUACUUAAUAUUUCUUUAUAUAUUUCUCACAAUAUUUAAGGCUUUGUGCAUGAAAAAAAGGAAAAUGGAAAAUGCUAAAUUAACCUUACCCAGAUUUAACAUAAGAUGUCAACAAACAAUCCUAAUCGUUCUAAUUGAAAUAAGAUAUAUGUUGUCGAACAUUUUGAUUUUGUUAACUGAUGUCGCCAUAUGUUUUUCUCUCUGCACACAUGCAUACAUAACACACAUACACACACUUACUUACAUCUAUCAUAAUUGGUUACUUUGGCACUAAUUGAGAUAUACCAUUUGAGAAGUUUUAGUUAAGGAAGUUAACCUCAGACUGCAAUUCUGUACACACUUACCUAGAAGUCAGUCUCACUGAACUUAAUGAGGCUUAUUUUUUAAUAGACAUGUAUGUGUAGGUUUAUACUAUUAAGGUACAAAUUUUUUAAGCAUAGAUAGGGAAUCUAAGUCUAAGUUCUUUGGAGAUCACUUGUGGCUGAGUAAGAUUGUCUUCCAUGAAUACGGUCUUAACAGUGUGCCCGUAAGUGACUAUGGAGGCCAAUGCUGGAUCCUCAUGUCCUUCCACAGUUGGGACAUAGGUUUCUGGGCAGGAGUUUAUCACUAUGAGUCUAAGUACCUUUCAUAUGUCUGCCUUAAAUUACUAUAUCCUUGUAGAAAUCUUGAACUCCCUCUGCCAAUACACUCUUUAAUGGAGCAGACAUUACUAGGAGAUGCAUGGGAGCUACAUUGCUCCCAUAAAUGUACAGUAAUGUACAAACAGGCACUUUUUAUCACUGAAGGUUGAAGUAAAUGUAAGCUCUGCCCAUGGGCACCAUUUUUUCCACAUGUGUGUGACAUCUCUCAUUUUAUGGUUAAUAUUUUAUUUUAUUGCUUUUGAUCAGACAGAAGCUGCAAUCUUACAUGUCACUGCAGACCUUCUAAAGCAGGGAACCUCUGGCAUGUGGGACAUAUUGGGAUUUGCUAUAAGAUAUUUUAUAUUGGAUUUUGUAGCAGCUGAUUUUCAGUUACAAGUGGCAACAAUACUGGACUCUUAUAAAAUCAACAAAACUUCUAUACUUAUUAUCACACAGUGCUGAGAUGAUUUAUUGUACCAUUUCCUACACUGGAAAACAGCCAUGUACACUUCAGUGUGUGUGAUUAAAGCCUCACAUAGUGAGGGUUAUGCAGCUCACAGAAAAAGUGUGUGCAGAAUUACACUGUUGCUUGCAAACUUUGGGCCUUCUUUUGGGUGGCAUGCAUAAUUUUUCAUGGAAGGGCUUCUAAACUUAGAAACUAAUAAUUUAUUCAUUUUUAGUAGCUGAAAACAUGUGCAAUCUCUGAAACAUUUGUAUUUGUAGCUGUUAUUUUUCUGAGAAUCUAUAAGGUGGCAAUUUUUCCACACUUAACCAGCUAUGUAUUCAUUGAAUGUGCGUGUGCGUGUGUUAGAGAGAGAGAAAGAUGUUGAGCUACAACUCAUCUUCCCUACACCUGCUUUAUGGAGUUACAGCCAUUGUGUUUGUAUUUUAAACAAUUUCCUCUUUCUCUCUUCAUUUUUGGGAUAUUUUUCUUGGCAGGAAGACAGCGCUGAUUUAAAGUGCCAGCUUCAGUUUGCCAAAGAAGAAACAGCAUUGAUGCGUAAGAAGAUGGCCAAACUAGGCAGGGAGAAAGAUGAACUGGAACAAGAACUUCAAAAGUACAAGUCUAUCUAUGGAGAUGUGGAAAGUCCACUCCCUAUUGGGGAAGCUGGAGGACCACCCAGCACAAGAGAAGCUGAACUGAAGCUUCGUCUGAAACUAGUAGAAGAGGAAGCUAACAUUCUGGGGAGAAAAUUAGUGGAGCUGGAGGUAGAAAACAGAGGUAUUAAGGCUGAGAUGGAGGAUAUGAGAUGCCAGUAUGAGAGAGCAUGUUUAAGCCAGGACCAUGUUUCAAGCAUUCCUACCUCACCUUAUAGUGACUCUCUGGAGUCAGCAGCAGAGCUUCGCCGUCAUUUGCAGUUUGUAGAAGAAGAGGCAGAACUGCUGAGGAGAUCGAUAUCUGAAAUUGAAGAUCAUAAUAAGCAGUUAACAAAUGAAUUAAAUAAAUUCAAAUUUGAGCCUGGACAAGAGUCUGGCUGGCUUGAUGAAAAUGCUUCCAAGUGCAGUGGAUCCUUACAAGAAGAGUUGAAAUCUGCUCGAAUUCAAAUCAAUGAACUGAGUGGGAAAGUGAUGAAACUCCAGUAUGAGAAUCGUGUAUUGAUAUCCAAUGUACAGCGCUAUGAUCUUGCCUCACAUCUAGGCCUGAGGACUUCAAGCCCUAGGGACAGUGAUGCUGAGAGUGAUGCAGGGAAGAAAGAGUGUGACAACGAAGAGGGCCAUCUACCUCAACCAAAGAGAGAGGGACCCAUUGGGGGCGAAAGUGACUCAGAAGAUGUAUAUGAAAAGACAUCGGGUUUUGGGAGUGGGAAGCCAUCAGAAGUUAGUGAUCUUUGCUCCACUGAACUAACAAGGGCCAAAGAGGAUACAGAGUCUUUGAUCAGCAUCAGGCGUGAGGCUGAAAGGCUCGAAAGAGCUGUUGACCGUCUCAUCAUUGACACAGAUAGUUUAAUAUAUGAAUCAAAAGUGCACAUAACCAGCAGUACUUCCUCUGAGCAAGGUUUGGAAAAAGAUGAAGGAAAACCGGAGAGUAAGAAUGAGCCAGAACUUUUGGAUAAUAUUAAUUCAAGAAUGAAAAAUUUCCAGAAAGAACUGCAAACUUUCCUAGAGAAGGUUGACAGUAUUGGGGAAGGCCUCAAAGACCAAAUGGAAGACCUUUCCCCUCUCCCUCACCUUACAGAAUCCUCUAGUUUUCUCUCCACAAUGACAUCUUUAUCCCGAGACUCACCCAUUGGUAACCAGGGAAAGGAGCUAAUUUCAGAUUUUCAGGUAGGUGGACUUCUUGUUUGUCACCUCACUUUUUUUUAAUUCUUUCCUGCUGCACUGGUGCUAUUUUUACACAUGGCUGCUUUGUUAUGAUUUUGAAGUAUAAAUGAUAAAACUUUUUUUUAGGUUUUUAUCUUCUACUUUGCUACAGAGGCUGUUCCUCAUGGCAAAAAAAGCUAACAGAAGCUAAAGGCAUCUGAAUCUUUUCAUUUCCUCCGUCCUUGAUCUGCUAUAUUCAUGGCCAUUUUGUUCUGAUGUCAAACUUUUAAAAAAAGUUACUGAGAGGCACCAUCACAAUACAUUUUCUUUUCAUACGCCAUUAGCAGCUUUGCUAAUGAAUGUGUAAAUUACCUUUUCCCCUCCUAUUAUUCUGAUUCCUUAAAUGAAAUGUGUUCUCAAAAGGUCUUGCUAAACAUAAAAAUCCAAAAUAAAAUAAGAUAUUCUUGCAAAGCCUGCUUGCAGCUCUCUCACAUAACCGAGGGGUGAGCAAAGAAGCACUGUAGCCAGCGAAGGACUGCCUUUCGUAACCCGUUUCCCCUGGGCUCAUGUCUAUACUGCCACAGCUGCCACACUGGAUAUGGCUUUUCUGCACAGCACAAGUAAGGAUGGAAGAGCCUUGUAUCCCCAUAUCCUCCAUAACUUGUAUGCUUGCUGUUGGUUUGACUCAUGCAUCCUCAUUGCAUGCGCCUCAUAACCAGUGUGCAUUCUUUCCCCUCUCUUUCUCUUUUUUGCUUUUCAGAUAUUUCAGCCCAUUAUUUUGCUCAUCCUCAUUUUAGUUCUGUUCUCUUCACUUUCUUAUGCCACUGCAUUUAAGUUGGUUUUUCUGUUCAUGCUUUUCUUUGUCUUGUAGUUUUUUCAGUCGUCUACCUUACCCAUUUUUGUUUCUUUUAUUUCCUCCUGUCCUUUGUUUUUUUUGUGUUAUCAACCCCACCCAUGCACCUAACAGUCCAAACUGAGGGAUCAGAUGGAGUGGCAGCGCAGCCAAGACCAUGGAGACGAGAGAGAGAGUCAUCAUCAACGAGGCAACACCGAACCACACUGCAGAGCUGAUGGAGAAUUUAAACUCUACAGGCCAGGAAACAAGGGUUGUUUCAGUCUAGAGGUUAGCACAGCCUAUUAAAAAGCUCCUGCUGCCUUCAAAGGGAUCAAUACAUGUUUGUCACAGAAGCUAAGACAAAGUGGUGGGAAAUAAUUCAUAUGGGCUAUUAUGACUUGAAUUUGAGCUAAAACCAGCCACAACAAACCCACAAUGUUUGCUUAAAACCUCUGCACCCUUAGACUUCUGUGAUCCUAAUGGCCACCCCUGAUAUACCUGUAACUGACCUGGAAAGAAACAGCUAGAAUGCCAUGUGUGAAAUGUGGGUGGUUGUUGUGUUGUUCACUUUGAUGGCUUUGAAAAAUCAUUGGAAGUUAAAUUAUAUAUCUCAACACUAUAUCAAGCAAUAGUCACUACAAGGUUGCAGUGUGGUAUGUUCCUUGUAUUUCUCACCAACAAAACUUUCAGAAAGCCCGUGUAAUUUUUUCUAUGCUUGAUAGCAUAUAAAUAUUUGUGAUUUUAUGAACAUGCUCCAAAAUCCCCCACACAGAAGUGCUUCCUUUUUUUUUAUUCUGUGAAGAACAUCUCUCUAAACGUAUAGAACUAUUUCUUGUUGUAUACAUCAACCAUUUCAUUCUCUAGAACAACAAUCAGCUUGCAUACAUAAGCAUCAUAAGUAUGAUGACUUGUAUAUUUAUCCAUAGAUGAUACAUUGUGAGCUGUCACUGCUAAUGGUUCCAAAAGCAUUAGUUUCCAUCAUAGUCCAUCUGGCUGUGUCCUGGAACCAGCCAAAUUUGAAUUCUUAAUUGUGGGUAUGUACAGAUGUUGAGUGGUGGUCUCUGUAGAAUAGCAGUCACUACAUUUUGUUUAGAUGUAUGACUUUCAUCCUGGAUUGAGUUGACAGGAAACUGUUCCCAGUCCUUACUGGCUGAAAAGCAGUGAUGCCACUAACCCAAUUCUCUUCACCUUCUUCCAAAAGCAGUUUUAAAAUGUUUUAAACCGUUUAAAGAGGUAUGAAUGUAUAUUUGAUUCCUUAAAUUUACAUGCAGCAUUUUAAAAUUACAAAAGGCUGAUUGCAUGGAGGAAGUAGCAAGAUAAGACAAUUAAAUCAGUAUUUGAUUCACAGUCCAGCAAGUCUGUCAGAUGUAUUGCCUAGAUUGGCAGGUGGGGAGGCAGAUUUGAAAUGUAGAGGAGAGAACAAUGCAGCAAGCCUCAAUUUGCAUGUAUGUUUGUGCACAACAUGUAUUAACUUUUGUUGUGGUUCAGCCAGGCACAUAAUGAAUAGGCAUAAUCAGAAUUAGGGAAAUGAAGGAGGGCAAUGAUAAAUAAACAGAGUUUGGAAGCAUGUUGGUAUUAUGCUAAAUAGUUUGUUCUAAUGGCCCGUGUUGAACAGACAUAUUAUUUUACAGUCUGUUUAGGGCCCAGACUUGCCAGCUCUGUGCCAGAUUCCUUCUUUAAUGGAUGAGCAAACAUGCAGAUGGGCAUAGAGACAUUAGAUAUUAUAAAUAAAUUUGGUCAGUGUAUUAAAAAAAAAAUUAUCCCAAAGAAUAAGAAUAUGAAGUAAAUGUUAGCCAUUUAUUUCAGAUAUGUAUAUGACACAAUAUUGCAAGAUGACAUAAGAUUUUUUGUUACAGGGUAGUCCUUUACAGGUAAUAAAACCUGUACUUUAAUCCAUGGAUCAAAAGUGUACAAAACACACCUGUUUGCCUGAGAUAAGAGUCUUGAAGACCCAGUAACUCCAGCUCCAAAUUUUGAUAUCCCUAUCGAACAGUUGGGUUUUUUUGCAAUCAGUUCUAUGUUUUGUCAAACUUAAGGCCACGUCAACAACUGAUCAAACUUUAUAUUGUACUAUAAUAGCAGACUGACAUUAAAUUUAUAUACAAAGUUUAGAGAUCCCAGGAAGAGCAUUAAUUUGCCAAAUUUUUUGCCAUUAUAAAACAGGGAAACCAAGGUUAUUUGCAUGUGGUGAAAUUAUUUUUGAAUGUUAUUUUAGAUUUUGUGUUAACAUAGUUUGGUUCAUAACUAUGGGCAAUAAGCUAUGAGGGCAUUAACACUUAAAUAGUUGACAAAGCCCAUUGUUUAUUCAGUCAGAAGGGAAAGCACUGGAGUUUUACUAGCCAUAUAAAGUGUUUUUAAAGCAUGGAAUGGUGAUUGUCAUUUGUGACUGUGGGGAAAAUAGUCCACUUGCAUUUGACAAGAAUAAAAGACGUGGAUUAACAGAAGACUCUGAAAAAGAGUGGCUUCAAGAUGUUAAAGUUUAACUAAUCUGCAUUAAGUGCUCCUUCAGAACUUUCCCUGAACGGUGGAUCAGUUAUUCCAAUCUGCAUUUGUGACUAUGAGAACAGACCCAUGAGUUCUUUUAUUCUAGAUUCAUUAAUCCUACUUCUUCUCCUUCAUUGGCAAGAAUAUAGACGAUAUCCCAGUUCACAGUAAUUUGCCAAUCAGUUGAUACAAAAUAUAUUUUAACUAAGCAAAAUUAUAUACAUUGAAGAUAUAAAAUAGGAAGUAAACUGUUAAAGAAUGAUGUUGAAGAUAGCACUAUUUUGUUAUCUUCCCCGAGUAGAUGUGCCAUUGAUGCUUUUCCAGAUCAAAAUGGCAAAAGGGAACUUUUUAGCUGCUUUGCUCUGGGAAUAAAUGUCUUCGCAUUGGCCACUUAGGAAAUCUGUAGAUUUUUUGUCUUGUUGGAUAGGGCCUAUAAAUAACGGAUAGGCGGAAGUGAACCUCAGUUUGGUUUAUGCUUGCUUUUUGAGUAUAAUUAAAUUAUUGAUUUGCUGCUAUUUUUUCUUAAUAUUGAUGAUACAUAUUUCUUUUUGCAAAUAAAAUAAAAAUAGAUGGAAGAUAAAAAAUUUAAAAAAGAAGCCCCCCCCAAAAAAUUUUCUAGGUCUGUUUUCCCACUGCUGAUUAUUUUAUACGUAGUGUUGUGGUAGAUUAAUUGUUAGAUGACAGACAAUGUAAGUCUACUGUCUUUAAUUUGGAACCACCCUCUAGUCUUAAGUUACUUUAAAUUGCUGCCAUUAUUUGUACUGCACCAGUAGUUAUUAGCAUACAGUAUUAUUAGUAGAUAAACUCUUGGGUUAAGUAUAUGCUUUGAAAGAAACUUGUCUUUUUUAAAAAAAAAGUCUUAAGAGCAGACUUCUUGUUUUCUUCAUUAAAGCUAGUCAUUCAACUAGUUCAGCACAGGGGAGGAGACAGACGCCUACUGAAACAUUUCAACUCAUUAUUCACAGAUAGAAUAGAGCCCUGCUAUUGUGCGAGAGAGAACUAUAUUUCUAAAUCUUUAAGAGGAACAAACUAUUGGCUCCAAGGAACUGUAAGCAGAAGGGAAAUAGCUAGUAGCACUGAUUUACAAAACCUUGGGCAAGUGCUAGAGUACGAGUUCUUCUUUAUUGCAUUUAUAUACACUGUGCUGUAUGAUGUGGAUUCUGUAAUAGUUCUCAUCUUUUUCCUUGCAGAAGAUUACAUUUGGGUUUCAUUUACAACACUCUAGUGCAGGAGUAGGGUAACGGGGCUCAGCUGGCAGGCCAGGUCCCAACGCCCCACCCCCAGAGUGGCUCACAGGCCACUUUGACAGGUGAGUGGGUCUACCCACCUGUCAGUUACCUGACGUCAAAGGUCAAGUGUUUCCCUAGGAAACAUGUUUCUUGCCCAUGUGGCUUGAUUUCAAGCUACACGGGCAAAGGAGGCAUUUCCAGCAAGUGCUGAUAAGCUAGUUGCCAAUCACAGCAAUCCCCACUUUGGGCAGGGAACUCCAUAGUCCUGUCAACUCCAGCAGGGCUUUAUGCCAGCUGAUUGGCACCAACAGCAACCCUUGCUUCCAAACAACAAUUGGGAGUGUAUUUUAAGGAUCCUGAUUAUUCCUUUGAAGCUGCAGCUUUAUCUGCCCCAUACCCUGUGUCAUAUAUUAGGUAUGGGGCAGGUGGGUGAGGUUGGGGAAUGGUCCGUGAUCUGGCGGUUCACCCCCCCAGUGCUCUAGUACAAGGUGUAAACCAGCCCAUUUGUAAACAAGAAAGGCCUUUAACAACUUGGGAUACAACUCAUGGAAUAUAAAUUCAAACUGUUAGAAAUGUGACAAAGAUAAGUAGUAAAUUUUAUAUGCCAAGGUGAUAGUCCUUAAUCUAGUCAAAUGCUAACUCUGAACGAAGUGCAGGUCCAACUGUUCUGAAUUUCUUCACUUAAUACUUCCCAUCUACUUCCCAUCUCCAGAGACCAAAUAUGAACACAGGAACCACUUUUGGAUCCAUAGCCAGUCAUCCCACUUCAUAAAUUGUCCUUUCACUGCCUUGCUUUUUCCUCUUUCUUUGUGUCUUUUGAAUUGUGAACCUGCUGUCUCAGAAAAUGCUUUAAUUUAUGGGACAGAACUCAGUAUUAUUAUAACAUUGUUCAUUAAUGUGGAGCAAGCAUGUUGCUUGUUCCACAAGCCCUAAGAUGUUUGGAAUUCCUAAACAAGCCCUCUGCCAUUCUGCAUGACAAAUUACUUUUGAAACUGAAGGGAGUUUCACAUAAACAAUUUUGUGAAAUGGCAACAAGAAGAAAAAUAUCACAGAAUCAAAGAACAGGGCUACUUGAUUCUGUUUGUGUGCCUUGGGAUGGAAUUUUCUCAAACAGAAAUGUCCUCACACUGCACAGGAAGCAAAUUGGACAGGUUGUGGUUUUUAGCUUUAGAAAAAGGGACCAGAGAAGUCAGAGUUAAGCAGCCCUUUUACUCAUGUCCAUCUUUUGCUUAGAUAGAGCCUGUCCCAGCUUUGGGUUUCUAAAAAUAAAAAAUAAAACUGCAGAGAAGAAUAUCACAGAUCUCCUCAUGGCAUCCAGUUUGAGCCUUAGUUUUCUAAAAUAAGAAAUGGAGUAAAAGUUUUGCUGUACUGUUGUGUGAGAUUUUGCACAGACAUCCUCCUGUUCAAAACUAUAAUACUUAAAUUUAGUAUCCUGUUUCUUCUUAUGGUCUUGCCAAUAAAUAUCUGAUAGAACUGUGACCAAGGGGAAUAUCUUGCAUUUCAUGGUUCCACCUUUCAUCAUUAUACAAGUGCUUUCAAUUUCUGUCUCUCAGGUGCAGCUUAGACAGGGCAAGGAUGAAUUUUGUUGAAGCUUAAUGGUUGGCCUUCACACAUUAGAUUCAUGUAGCAUGUUGUGAACCAAGCAUAAGAAAAGUAUAGUGAAAUGAGAAACUCCUUUCCCUUGCCCUACCUUAGUGGUAGCAAAGAAAAGCACAAAUGCCUUUUAUCUAAAUAAGAAACAGUAAAGACAUUUAGUCAAAGUGGAUGAAUAUAUUGUUUUGUUAUUUAAUAUGCUUGUAUUGUAAGUAACAGUCUAGAACACAAGUAUCUGUAAAUCAGAGUUGUUGUUUUGUUAACUUUCAUUUUGUAUCUGCAGGGAAUUCUCUGUAUAAAAGAUCACAUUGGACUGAGUUGAAACCUAAAAUUUUUGAAUUUCCCUCUUUUAUGGUUUCAACUUUCAUAGAAUGUACUAUAUGAAUAUAUGUUUUAUUUCCAAUGGCAUAUUUCAUUAGACAUUCCAUAGCCUUUUCAUUGUUGCACAACCAUCAGCUAAUCUGUGUAGACAUUCCUUUCUUGUGUUAGAUUGUGUGUGUAUGUAUUUGUAUGUUUUCACCAAUUAAAUGGUUGCAUGUGGAUCUUGUAAAUUCACUUUCAAGAUAAGCUUGAAACAUUUAUGCAAUCAUUAGUAAAAACCCUAACAGCAAGAACAAAUACUUUACAUAUGUGCCAGAGUGUGCAUGGAGCUGACAAAAUAAUAGCCUUGGAAUACCCAUUAUAAAAUCAUUAUUGAUACUCAAACUCUAAACACAUUCAGGAAAUGGUGCAUAAUAUUGCUCAACAUCCCCGGUCAUUAUUUUAGCAAAAGUUUCAGGUAUAGACUUGUUGGCACCAAAUAACUUAUAUUAUUAUAUUUCGUAAAGUGGAAUGUUCUAAAUUAGAGUUAGAAUCUGGACUUUAUUUUUAACUAAAUGAAAUAUAAUUUAUGUAUAAUACUUGGACUUAUGAAGUAAUAUUGAAUGGUAAGAUAAAUUCGUAUCAAUUUUAGAUGUGAUUACUUUUAAGUAUGUUCUGCCCUGUUUUCAUAUUGUGUUUUUUAUUUUUAAAAGUAUGUGUGAAAAUUUAUACUCAGAUAUGCAUUUUGUGCAUUUCUGAACAUGCUUUAUCUUAAAAUGCACAUUUUAAUUCAUUUUGAUACUUUUUAAAGGCUAAAACUAUAUCACAUUAAUAUAAAAUAAGAGCAUGGUAUGCAGUACAAUGUCAGUGAAAGCAUAAUAUGUUUACUUAUUUAUAUUUGCAAAUGGGGAUUGGAACUGCUCAUCUCUUUUUCUUUCCCCCAGUGCUUUCUUAGCUUUUCUUUUUUAUUAUUUGAUGCAUGUUUGAAAUUGAAUCAGUGAAAUACAAUUCUCAAAAUAGUUGCACAUGGGCUAAAAACAGAUGCCAUCCCCCCCCAAACCCAAAAUGGCAACACUCUUCAUCAUUAUUUGAAUGUACAUUAAUUUGUGAGUCCAAGUGACCCUCCACCGGUUUCUUGUGUGUCUCUCUCUUGAUUUUAUUUAGAUAUCUUUUGAUUUUCAUUGUGCCGCAAACUUACAAAAUUCUAUAGCUUUUGGAGAGUAAGAAACAUACCAGUUUUCUUGUUUUUCUAUAAUCAGAAAGCGUUGGGAAAAGACUUUUCAUCAGUGAAAACAUGGAAACCAAUCCCUCUUCCUAGUUAACUGUCCUAGUUAAAGGACUGUCUUAAGUUUCUUAUGGAUUUAGGAGGUGGGAGGACUUUUUUUUAAGUAAGCAAGCUUUGAAAUUGAACAACAAAUGUAAAAAGAAAUAUUUGUAAAUUAAUGUUGAGUUUUCUAAAAUGAAUCUAUAGUGCUCAAUGCAUUAGAACCUAAUCUAGGAACUAUAAGUGCAACAGCAUUCCCAUUUGGUUGAUUGGGACGAGAGUAGAAACCUCUUGCUGUGCUGGUAUGUUGUUAGGUGGAUUGAGAGCAGGCAGUAGUGUAGUGUGGCCAGAUUCAGGUCAGGUUUUUCCUAUUUUCUUACCCCCCUACUACCCGCCCAUAUCUUCCCAAUAAUCAAUUGGUGCUGUGGAUGUGGUGGGAGAUGUAAAAAUAUUGAUUCCAGUAAAAGUAACAGCCAUUUCCCUGGAUUGGGAUGCCUGUGAGUUGUGUUGUUCUGCAUUUGCAUUAUGUUAAACAGUGCUGUGGUAGACUCUACUAUCCAAUAGUCUGCAUUGUAUGAGUUUAUUUUUCUGGGUCUGUGACUCUCCCCACCCCACCCCACCCCACCCUUUCCCCUAUGAUGUAACUAGGUCAUAAUGAUGAAUGUCGCCUCACCUGCAUCAAAUAUAUAAUUAGUCAAAAGAGAGAAAGGGAAUAAUAAGGGUGAAUAGAGUUAAAAGAAUGUAUCAUUGCUUCAACAAUUCGUCUUUCAUGACAAAUCAGGAAACAUACCUUAUAUUGGUGUGAAAUUCCCGGAAUCCCUUAGAAGACUCUGUCCUCUGAUGGUUAGGGGGUCAAUCACUCAGCUGUUAAUGUUAAGUCUGGAGUCAAGUGGCUUAGAAAGUCUUCACCUGCCAGUGAAAGGACAACAAGGAGGGAGCAAGUCUAAACUCUCCAAGAAGGGAGCUCCAAAGUCUGAGAGCAGCCACUCAGAAGGCCCUCUCCCAUUUACGUGAAUACAUCCACACAAUACAAUAUGGGGUGAGAUAUACUAACCUUAGUAUCCACCCAGGCCAGAACACAGAUAAUUAAAAUGUAAACAUAUAUUUAACUGGGAAACAUAAUAAUCUGGAACAAGUAAUAUUAAUAGUGCUAAUAGCCUAAACUAACAUACCAUUACAGUUAUCCUAGGUCUUUAUACUUUCAUUUUUAUUGCCAUCUCAUUCCCUCUCCUCUCUGUCCCUACAGAACUAUCCCAACUCUUCACCUGCCAUUCUCAGCCAUCAUUUCCCACCUCACACCUACUGUGACUCACACUCUCUUCCAGUCCAACAUUCUCUAAAUGAAACUCUACCCAUGGAUGUAUAGAUUUUAUUCAUGUUGUUUAUACAGUAACACUGCAAACACCACAAAUAUUAGACUCACUGAUGCUGAGACUUGCCAGUAGAAGUAUUGUUUCCCCCAAUUAUUGUUGCUAAUAUCUAAUAAUGUGUUCUAUAUUUAUUUAGAAGAUUUAAAAAUCUUUUAUUUUUUUAUAGUGAAACUGCCUUUCACUAUAAAGUUAUAGGGCAGGUUACUACAACAGAAAAUGCAAUUAUAAAACAAAUAAAAUCAUUACAAUUAUAAAAUACGCAAAACCCAUUCCAAAUGAGCAGAACAAUAUAAAUUCAACAAAAUACUUUAAUUAAUUAAUUAACUAGCUCUUCAUUGUUUAUUUAUUAGACUGGGAGACUGGUAUGCAUGUUUCCCCUUCUGCUUAAAGGGCGCUUGAGGAACAGGCUCUCUAGAAGUCUUUAGAGAAUUACUAAUUAAAAGAUUUUAGUCAUGUACUUCGUGUCUAUUAAAGCUGUAUUCAAGGAAGCUAACAACAGUUCAUUUAAAAUGCAAUAAACCUAUGCAUAAGCAGUUCACAGAUUAGCCUCAUUACUUGAAACUUUUACAUUUUGCUGACAUGGAACUCUCAUGAUAGGAGUCAUUUGCACAGGGAAGCACCUUAUGUUAUCUCCAUCAUAGUCAUAACAUGUUACCCUAGCAUAGCUUUAUGUACUUCAGUUACUUUUGGUGAGCAAUGUUCAUGUGUUGUGAGUAUAGCAUGCUCCUUUAUUCAUGUAGAUUAACUUGUGCUUUCUAGAUUUUUGAUACAUCCUGUGGAAGCAAGACAUUGUUUUCAGUGGAGCUUGCCUCCAUGUUAGCAUGCUUAAGUCAGAUCUUCAGCUGGAGAUAGGCAAUACUUUUAAAGAGAUUUAAAAGUAGUUUCACUUCUCACAGUUGUGCAUACGUGUUUGUCCUCAUCACCUGUACAGUCAAACAGGGGUUUUUUUUUGGGGGGGGGGAUAUAAAACCUGUAGACCAAAGCCAAUGUAGAAUGAGUGUACACACCACUAGCAGACAUCCUACUUUCAAACCAUAUUCAGCUAUCUCAAAAAUACAAUAAUCUAGUUUUAACAUGAGUUUAAGAGAUCUCUGAUAUUUGUUUUUUGGAAUAUUUCUCCAAUCUUAAGUCCUUGUGCCCCACAGGAUUCCACUGGCACAGUGAAACUUCUUUUUCCUUUCCUCCCCCCCUCAAAAUCUGCUACAGAGGGUCUCCCGCCCUCCAAAGGCAGUUUUGAGGGCACGCAAUGGCCUAGAGGGGACAGGAGAGGAGGCAGAAGUUCUGUUACAUGCACACAAGUCCUUUGCACCAGGAGAGCUGCCCUGGGUAUGACCCACUAGUAUCAUCUGAUUAUUAUUAUUUUUACAAGUUGGCUGUAUGUAGCUUUUUCCCCUUUGGCAUUUUCCAAAAUCAGAAUACAACAAUCAGUCUGCCCAAGCAACAAAGAAAUGCAGGAAAACAAGAAAUGUGGAGUGGGUUGCAUUUUCUGUAUCUCCUCCUGCCCAAUUAUUGACACAUCUGAAGCAGCCAAGGAUCCAGGCUGAGAACAGAUUUUGCCCAAGGCUGCCAGGAUCCUUUAAAUAUAUACUUGAUUUAACAUUUUAAAUUUAAUUAUACUUUUACCUUUGUUGCUUGAACGUGAUGUUGGGCUGUGAUUGAUGACACAUAGAAAUUUGGCUAUUUGAAGUUCUGCAAAUUAAAAUCUAGAUGUAGGGAUAAUCUUGUUUUUUUAUCAAUUGGACAUUUUACUAUCAAAUAAAAUAGAGCCCCUAAGAACAUAAGUAACUUUUUGAUGACCUCCAUAACCUUCAAGUGACACACAGACUAGUAGAUACCUAGUCUCUGAUCCAGAUACAGUUUUUCACAACAUGUACACAGUCUGAGAUGUGUAUGGUAUUAUCGACAGUGCAAAUGAGAAAAGGCCUGAAAGCCCUCUGUCUUAAUGUGUAUCCUAAUAUGGACACAGGGCACAGGUCUACAUGUGCAGUUCCUGAUCCAGCAAUGGAAUCUGUGUGCAGAUUUUUCAUUCAUUUGGAAUUAGAUCUCACUGAAUAUGAACACAAUGCAUAUUUGAAGUGUCUUUUCACUGUGUAGUUGUGUGUCUCAGUGAUGUCUGUCCUGUAGUUCUGUCACACCUGUUAGAACCUUACUCCUUUGUCCUGCUGAUCAGCUCAGGAACUGCCAUGUUUUACCUGUACAGAAUAUAUCGAUUCAGGAGCUUCAGGCUCAACUUGAGCAAGAGGUGAAACUUCGCCAAGAGGAGCAAGAAACAUUUACAGAAAAGAUAAUUCAGGUAAAUGCAUAAUGCGGUUGUUGGAAGAGACCUUUGUCUGUUUUUCUGACUAUCAGAAACUCCUUAGUUUGUGGUAAGAAUUUAGAAGUUGCUUAAAUGUGUUUCAGUACUGUUUCAUAGAUAGUUUUGUUGUGGAUUGGCAGACUUGUGGAAAUACAAUUAAGAGAAAAUUAAUUGGUGUUAACAGGAACUAUAAUUCUGGCUUUCAGUCAUAUUGCCAAGAUGAUAAAUCUCAACGUUACAAGGAUAUUUCUAGAUCCAUAGAUAUCGUAUGCUGUAAGGUUCUGCAGUUUUCCUACUCUCUAUAGCCCAAUUCUACCUCUUGAAAAUGUUGUAAAACUCACAUAGCCCAGGAAUCUAAUGAAAGGAAUGGCCUCUGAAAACAGUAUUAUUGUUUUUCGUAGGGUAUGUUCUAGAACUACUUUUGUGCAUUAAAUUUAUCUGGUUCGUUAUCGGGUCUAAAUCAAUUGACAUGGAGAUUUGGCCUCUGUUACAUUUCCCCCCCUUGCUUACAGCCAACUAAAAUGUACAUGAUUAUUUCAAUCAAUAUAUGUUAAAAGUAAAUCUUUCAGGAUAAGAAGUCAGGAUAGGACUUAAAUAACUUUUUUUUCCAAACAGAAACUUACCACAAAGUAGUUUUCUUUUGUUCUUUUCAUUGUUUCAUUGGUAAUAUUUGGCAGAGAUAAAACAGAUGUGAAAGUGGUAGACGUGACUGCGUGGCAAGUAUGCUUUCCUACUGAAGCAUAAAUAUUCUAAAACUAUGGCAACUCUGAGAUUGUGGACUGUUUUAUUUCUUUAUUUGUUGGUUAAAUAGCCUGGGUCUUCCCAGGCUAUUUAUUUGGAUAUAUGCAGAUAGCAUACAAUAGUAGCCAUAUUCUCCCUCAAUAGGAUUUCUUCUGCUUCCAAUGAUGAUUCCCUUAUUGUUUUAGCAGCAUUGGUCCUGGAAGGCAAGUAGCUCUCUCUCCUUAAGUCAGAGAAAGUAAUAUUUCAGAAAGGAGAAAGGGAGAGGAAGGAGCUAUAAUUAUUGAAGUUCUGGGUGUCUUAUAAUGACUAGUCAAAAAUAAAUUUAGCAAAGGCAAUUCACAUACAGCAGUAGCAGGGUCAGCGUCAUAUGGUGAGCAUAUUGAAAGGAUGCAAUGAAGAGAACAUAGAGCAUAAAAAUGUUUAUGCUGCACAAGUCUGAUGCAGCUUGUUAAAGUAAAUGAGCUGUGUAUUUCCUCAGUAGAUUAUUCACAUACGCUUAAUUAAAUUAAGGCUACAGCCUGUGUUCUUCAGGUUCCUCAAAAAUCAGAUCCGCUGCCAAACACAGUUAGCUGAUGAUAAUUAGAAUGAGCAACCUUGGUUUAUCUUGCCCAGAUUUUAAAAACACACACAAGAAUGAACCCUCAAGGGCGAUAUCCUGUUGAUGUUGUGCAUGGUUGUUCUGUUCAAAGCUGGAAGAGGACCAUCUGCAGAGCCUACGGAGGAAAGACUUGGAGGUGCAAAGCUUAACUUUGCAGAACAAAUUGGAAGAGAAGACCUGGAGUCAGGAGAAAAACCUGAUGCAUCAAGAACUCAGGCAUUUCAAGCAGAACACCUUUCUCCUCUAUGCCAAACUGAAAGGGUUGCUGAAACAGUGGCGACAAGGCAAGAAAUUGGAGGAGCAAGGAGAGGAUGUUCUUAAGGUAAGUGUCCCGUGUCAUUUAAUGGAGUGAAACUACAAGGAAAAGUUAUGUGGAUAGUUCUGCUAGGAACAAAAUAGAUUUUAAGAGAUAACCUUGCUUCAAGUUCAGGUGUCAGAGCAUCCUGAACUGUAGUAUUGGAAUCAGUGUCACAUUGAUUAUAGAGCAGAAAAAUGCUGAAGUGGAAUCUGAAGCUACCUGUCUCUGGUAUUUUUUUUGAAAGAGAUUUGCAGUGUGGGCCUAGCUGUACAGCUAUUCUCAAUUACCUGUUACUUAUCUCCACAUCAGUCCUGUCUGACACAAAUCUGUGAAGCAAAUCAAUAGCCUUAUAGGCCGUUUUUCCUCACCCAACACCCAGGGUCCCAAGAACCUGGCACUGAACUGAAAAGAUUUACAAUAAUCAGUCUAUUAAUAGUUUCAGAUCAGUUUGGAGGUCAUAGCAAUAUUGUGCAUUUUAGGUAAAACGUGCUCUGAAUAAUGAAAAUACGCUCUGUUUGAAAACUAACAGAAGAGCCCUAAAACAGCAUUUUGUGAGGAAGUAGAAGUGGUUGUCAUUCAUUCUGUUUUCCACCCUCAAAAUAUUUGGCUCUAUCAUGAGUGAACUGUUUUCUUAUGCAGCUCCUAAAUAAUGCAUUAUAGAAAAUAGGAAGGAAGAGAAAAGCAUAUUGCUCUUUGAGACUACUCUACUAAACCACCUCAGGAGGGGGAAAUUACCCUUUGAAUCCAAAUCAUUCAGUCUCGCACGUAGCUAACAUGUUUAUCAUGUCUGCUAUGUUCGUUCACAUUUGUUGGCUUUGUACUAAACUAGAUAUCUACAUUACCAAAAGUGAGAAGAAUAUGUUACCUUUUGAAUGAGACAAGGGUUUGAGCUGUGGAAUUUUACAUUUUUUAAGCUUCCAUAUAUGCUAUAAAAUUUCCAUCACUAUUGUAGUGGCCAUAUCACUAAUAAUGAUGAUUUAUAAUGCCUAUUGUAUGCAUAUUGGCCAUAAUGGAGUUAGUCUGCACUUAAUAUUACCAUGCCAAAGCAAAAUCUCUUCAAGGUAUUAGACACUGUUUAAUAUUAUUAAAAUUAAACAAAUGGCAUGUUUAAAAUAGGUAAUGAUCUUCUUCCUUGAAUCUGAAAUAUACAUUUGCCAUUGCACAUUUACAGCUUGAACCAAAGCUAUGUGUGCACAAAGCCUUCUUCCCAUCCCAACUUUAUCUUCUAAGGAAUGAAUAAUUCCUUAUGGAAUAAAGUCAUGGAAGGGAAUGAGGAAACCCUGCACAUGCAGUGUAACACAUGCUUGUUCGGAACUUCUGGAUCCAAACAUUCAGACAGCAAUGUUAUCUUUGAUUUUAUUCACUUGCUAUUUUAGUUGGAACACCUUGAGUCCCUGCCAGAAUUCAGCUUUCAGUCUGAACAAAAGCAUGAUGAACGGGACGAAGACGAAGAGGAGGAAGUGUUUGGACUGGCAGACUACUCCCAACAUUCCACCGUGGAGAUAAUGGACCAUGGACCACCACUGCAGACUGCAGAAUUGUUGCAGCAUCAAAAGCAGGUACCAAGGCAGGUGCUUACUGUGUCUGAUACUUACUUUCCUUGGAUUGUAUUCAACAUUAACCAUACUCAGUGUAGACCCACUCAGGUUAAUGGACACUGCUCACUUAGGUUCAUUAAUUUCAAUGGGUUUGCUCUGAGUAGAACUUGGUUGGUUAUAAUCCCUCAUGUUCUGCAAUAUGUAAAACUCAUUUAAUCACAGCAUGCCAGUGAUCCUAAUUACAUAGUGAUGUUAAUGUGUUUCACUUAUUAUGUUUAUAUUAAUCAGGAUAAAAAGGAAUGAUAUGAUUGCUGGUGCCUUUCUGACUGAUACUUUAAAUGAAAUAUUCCAUUUCCUAUCAUGGCUUAUUGCUCAGAAACAUAUAUAUUUGUCUGAUGGUUUGCAAUAUCUACAGGCUCACCACCUAAGCAUCAUAGCAAUGUACCAUAACCAUUUGUGUGUGGGGCUUUUUAUUUCAUAUAAAUAAUUAAAGAAGGAGACAUAUGCUUUAAUUUAUUUAAUGAAAGAUAGAUAUGGUGCAAGAAAACCCUUUUACUGCAAUGGGUGCUUUUAAAACAAGCUACUUAAUGUUAAUAUCUUCUCCCCCACCCCAAGUGGAUUGAGAGGUUUACCUAUUUUGAGCUUGACCUAGAUUCAUAUGCAGCAUUUUGGCCUCAGGAAAUACCAAUAGAUACAUUAAAUCAGCAGUGUGGUUUCCAAAAUAGCAGCAGUGACUUGGGGUGCAAUGCAGAGCCUUUAAAAAUCAUUGGCUGUUUAUCCAGUGCUCUUUGAGAUAAAGUCUUUGAAAAGGCUCUAUUUCAGGAUGAAUAUACGAGUCAGAAUUAUGUAUUUAGAGGGGAAGUAACUCACUGUUUAAUAAGAUAUUCCAAAGGCAGUAAAAAAAAAAUACUAUCAAUACAAUGACACUAAUACAAUUCAAUAAAGCACUCAAAUAAAAACAAACAAUAAUGACAAAUCAAAUAACUAUUUUAAACAGCAGUGACAAGCAGCAAUUACAGCACUGAUAUAUUUAGCAACCAAAUGCUAAUUUGGAAAAAAGUUAAAAAUAAAAAGAUCAUACUUUCAGAACUGGUGGAUUUCUUGUGGGAGAUGGUCUGCAAUUUUGUGGCUGUAAUGAAAAAGGCCUUCUCAAGCAUCCUAAUGAGUAGUCACCAUUCCCCAUUCUUGGACUGCUUUAGGUGUAACAUCAUUUUUAGUAAAAUUGGCAGCUGUUGCUUUAUUUACUCAGAAUGCACUGCAUUAAACCACAGAGCCUAGGACUUGCCAAUCAGAAGGUCGGCGGUUUGAAUCCCCGCGAUGGAGUGAGCUCCCGUUGCUCAGGCCCUGCUCCUGCCAACCUAGCAGUUCGAAAGCACGAAGUGCAAGUAGCUAAAUAGGUACCGCUCCAGCAGGAAGGUAAACGGCAUUUCCGUGCGCUGCUCUGGUUCGCCAGAAGCGGCUUAGUCAUGCUGGCCACAUGACCGGAAGCUGUAUGCCAGCUCCCUCGGCCAGUAAAGCGAGAUGAGCGCAGGAACCCCAGAGUCGGUCACAACUGGACCUAAUGGUCAGGGGUCCUUUAAUGCAAUUUUUAAUUAUGGAAAUAAAAUUGGGCAAUACUUCCCUGACUCAUUGUCUCUAGAACCUCUGCCUAUAGAAAGGACAUCCUGACAGUAGUAAUCCAGCGACUAUUAAGACACAGAAUAGCAUUCCUGAACAAAUGGACUACAGUAUAUGAUAUUUCUGUGAAAGUAGGUCAAAAACAAGAAAGGAUGUAACUGCCACUCUAGAGUAGCCCAUGUGUUGUUUUUUAUAGGCUGUCUGACACGUUCAACAUCUGCAGAAGCUUCUCUUCUUCUGGCCCACAAAGGGCAUUUUCUUUAGAAUCAAUUUGAGAGAAGGGAGGGAUGGGGGAGCAACAGUGGUUGCCCAGACACAUUAAGUUUUGACUCAUCGGGACUUGAAAUAAGCCAUAUCAUUUGACCUCAGGAAGAACCUACCACCACCCCUAUUGGUCCAAAUUAAUAAGCAGAAGAAACAUCAAGCUAUAUAGUCCUGCACAGUGCAGGGUAAUCCUGGCUUCCAUGUGAACUUUUGCUUUUUAUUCAUUCACAUACCGCUACCGUGCUGAAUGUUUCAUUGUGAAUGGAAAGGAUAAACAGCAAAAGUAGAAAAACGUAAACAUGGAUGCUAGGUAAAGGUAAAGGGACCCCUGUCCAUUAGGUCCAGUCGUGGCUGAUUCUGGGGUUGUGGCGCUCAUCUCGCUUUACUGGCCAAGGGAGCCAGCGUACAGCUUCUGGGUCAUGUGGCCAGCAUGACUAAGCUGCUUCUGGCGAACCAGAGCAGCGCACGGAAACGCCGUUUACCUUCCUGCCGGAGCGGUACCUAUUUAUCUACUUGCAAUUUGACGUGCUUUUGAACUGCUAGGUUGGCAGGAGCAGGGACUGAGCAACGGGAGCUCAUCCCGUCGCGGGGAUUCGAACCGCCGACCUUCUGAUCAGCAAGUCCUAGGCUCUGUGGUUUAACCCACAGUGCCACCCGUGUCCAUGGAUGCUAGCCUUGGUGUAUUUUCACUCUGCCUAUCUUGUAGGGCGUCACCGCAGUGCAAAGCACCAGGGCACAUAUCCUUGUUUUUCCUCAGAGUUGUCCUUACCUUCAGAGGAAUGUAUUCUUGCAGUGACUACUGGAUAGCUCAGUUGUUUAGAGCAUGGUGUUGAUAAAUACAAGCUUCAAUCCCCACAUGGGACAGCAGCAUAUUCCUGCAUUGCAGGGGGUUGGGCCAAAUAAUCCUCAGGAUCCCUUCUAACUCUACAAUUCUAUCAUUCUGUGACUCUGUAGAGGCAAGAUCUAGUAAUAGCCCCGCUUCCUGAGAGAAGCAAAACAAAGGUCCUAUUUGACUUUUGAACUAGGAACCUGGAUUUUUGAUCACACUGAGAAUUGCCUCUCAGUCAUCAUAGUACUGUUACACACAAUGAUAGACUCUAUUUCAUGGCUUUUCAUAGAAAUGUACUUUCUUCCAUAACAUUUUUUCACAGGCAUAGGAGUUAAGCAGCAUCCUUUUAUGCUUUCUUUUCAUCUCUCUUCUGAGCUAUGGUGCAGGCUUCCUUUAAUCCAGGGGUCAGCAACCUGUUUGAACCAGCAGGCAUAUUUUGAAUUUUGAGAGAGUGCCGUGGGCCUCAGUCACAAAAUGACUGUCGUGGAGACUUGCCAUAACACAACAUGACUGCCAUGGCGGGCAGUGGUGGCGACAUAAUACAAAAUUAGAGGCUUUAGAGUCAUUGCUGCUCCCCCUGGCCCCAGAUAACCUCAAGUCAGCUACAUCUUGCAGGUCCUGAUGGUGGAGAUCACAGUAUUGAUUUUACACACACACACACUUCAUAUAAACAUUUCUCCCCAUGAACACACUCUCUCUAUCCAAGUACGCCUCUCCUUCUCACACUGACAUGGGCAUCUACAGGAUUUGGGGGGUGGUCAGUGAGGGGCAAAUGAAAACACUUAAACAGUACAGCAGGGUAAUUUCUCAUUUUAGGUGCUGGAUUUGCAAUCACUGGGUUAGGCAUUCCAGAGAAGAUGAGAUGAAAAGGUUUUGAAAACAUAGUAAUAAGGGUGUGGGUUCCCACUCUGGAUGUGCCAGGCACCAAUACACUUUGGAUGCAGCCGAGUUUGAUAUUAUGGACAUCUUUGACUUGGUAUCUUAAAGUUGUGGGCUGAAUCGUUUUGUUUAUUUUAUAAACCAGGAAAUCGCACUAUAGACAAGCCAGGCUUCUGAGGCUUUUUUCCUCCUAUUUCUUUGGUAGGAAGCUAGCAUUCGGGGUGUUUUUCAUGCAGCUAAUCACCUUGACAAGAACGUAGAAAACAAGAACAACAAAAAACCAACCACCCCUUAUUUAUCCCGAGAUGUUUGAAAAUACAGUUUAAUGUAUUAAAAUUACAAACAGCUUUUGCUUCUGCAGGCACGAGAAAACCGCAGGCUUCUACAUGCCCUAAAAAUACUGUUGGAUGACUUCCGAUCUGAGCUCCGGGAUGAUGAACGAGAACGUCAUGGCCUCCAGCAGCAGUAUGCCACUGACAAAGCUGCUUGGGAAGUGGAAUGGACUAAACUGAAGUGUCAGCUGGAGCAGGUACAGUUCCCAUUGGGGAAGGGCAGUAGCUCAGCAGCACAAGAUCUGCUCUGCAUGCAGAAGGCCCUAGGUCCAAUAUUUGGCAUUUGCAGGUAGGGCAGGGAAAGGCCAUAUUUUCAAAUCCUGGAGACCUGUUGCCAGUGGGUGUAGACCACUGAGCUAGAUGGACCAGCUGUCUAACACAAAUAAGGUAGCUGCAAAUAUGUCUGAAACAACAACUUUGAGUGAACCACCAGCUCUUAUUAUUGUUUAAUCAAAUUGUAGGAUGGAUUCAGGUGCACUUACUCAAAUAACUAGUGCCUCAUUCUCUAGAUGGUUUCCCUGAUGUGAUGCUGUUUGGAAUAGCUAUUUAAUGGGAGUAGACAGUAUUAACAUUUUGCUUUUAUUUAAUCUUAUUAAAUUGUAGAAUCUUAUUAAGUCCUAGAAAGUGUGGUUUUGUGUCUCCCUGUUGUAAGUGGUUUUGAUUUUUAAUUUAAUGUAAAAAUUUUAUGUUUGAGUAAUUUAUUAAUUGUGCUUUAUUGCAUUUAUUCAGUAAAGUAUUGCAAAUUAGAGCAGAUGGUUUGUGGCAGGCAUGUUCUAAGCCAUAACAAAUGUAUUAUUUGAUGCUAUUAUUUUACAUCAGGCACAGGUGGUGAGAGCAAAAAUGACAAGAAUCCUAAAAAAAAUUCAUUUGGUAGCAUUACCUAAUUUCAGUGAGGAUAAAAGUCAGAAAGCUACUGGAUGUAAUGAAUGAUAAAUUAAGUGGGUGGGGGGGCAUGAAUAGUAAUCUUGCAGCUUAGGUAGAAAUGCAGUUGUGUCUGCAACUGGUGAUUGCCAGUGAAUGGGGAUUCUUCAUUCUUUCCCUGCACAAGGUCUUCACCAUAGACACCAAGAAUAGGGAGACUGUGUAAGAUCUCCAUCAAGCUAUUCAUGACACAUGCCUAGAACAGCAGACAGAGAUGACUGCUUCACAGCUUUGUUGCAUAGAUACAGACAGAUCACUUCUUUGAAACUGCUUGGUUCAAUUGGAAGAUAUUUUAGCUGAAUGUAAUCCUAAUUAUUGGUAAUGAACAAGGAAGCUCCCAGGAUGUGUUUAUAGGGCUUGGGAAGGGCUGCAUAUCUGUGAUUUCAAUAUGGCAUCUUUGCAAGGAACAGGGCAUUGGAUACAUAAAUAGGAGAACACCCCCACUCCCUUCACAGGCUUACUCUGAUUCAUAAUACAGCUAUCCUCCAGCUCAGAUAAUAGCUUGAACUGCAAGAAAAGCUGUGGAUUGUAAUACUUGCCUUAGAAUGAAGACAAAUAUAAUGAGGUGCUGAGGUUGUAUUCAGAGCCAAAGAAUUACAAAUUUUGGUGACAUGUCUAAUUGGAUUUGCAGCCUUAAUCUAGCAAUUAGGCAAGUAUGGAGUCCUUGUAUGACUAUUGUACUAUAGUUGCCUCUUUUAGAGCAAAGCUGUGCUUCAGAAUGUUAAGGCAUGUUUGUAAGAAUCCCCUUGUCAACUGGGUAGCAAAGCCCAGCCUUUACAUCUGCCAUCAAAAGAGAAGUUGACACUAACAACCUUUGUUUCAUUUAUAGCUGGAAGGGAAGAGCGAAAAAGCACAGAGUGAGACUGGUCUUGAAGCAAAAGCAGCUUUCAAGAGAGAGAGGGAGGAGCACAAGAAGCUCCUGGCUGACAGUCACCGAUUAGUUAUGGACUUGCAGUGGCAAAUCCAGCACAGUGAGAAGAACUGGAAUAAAGAAAAGGUAGAGCUUCUGGAGCAGCUCAGCAAGGACCGGCAGGAGUGGGAGAGGCAAAAGAAGGAACUGCUGAGAAGGCUAGAGCAGGUAAUUCGGAUGUCAGGUCAUGAUGGAAUGUGUCUGCACAACUAUAUUACAAAAAUUAAAAAGGAACUAUACGGCUUUCUUUGUAUACAAAACAAAAAACUGCACAAACAGGGUGAACACUCUUUGCUUCAUUGGUUCUCAUAACAGAUAAUUACAGAAGCCCAAGGGACCUAAGGAAGAAUGCUUCCAAAACUAAUUUUAGAAGCCUCACUAGUGUAUAGGAAAUUAGUUAAAGGUUAAAGGCUAUUUCCUGUCAUUUCACUUCUCCCACAAAGGCAGAGUCACUCUGACCUUUACAAUGCAAAGCUUUCUUGUUCUCAGAACACAAAAUUAUAUUCCUUUUCCUUCUUAAAAAAUCAAGAUCUGCACAUUGUAGUCUACUUCUCAUUUUUAAUCCUGUGGUUUCCUCUCACAAGAAUGAUUUCCUAGUGUGAGUAGUUGUGAUGUGUGAGCCAUAACCCUCUAACCAAUCGCAAGGCUGUCUCUGAAAACUCUACGUCUCAUUGAACCUUACUUAUAGUCCAAAUGAAAUAUCCUACCUCAGGUUGAUCUUUUGGAUACUACUGAGUCAUAUAAAAGCUGAAUUCUACUGUCAGCUGUUAUAACAGAAAACCUCAGAAGACAGAUAGUCACCUCUUUAGUAACCGUAUCAGCGUAGCUGUUUCAUGACAGGCUACCAACCGGGGGAAAAACCCUGUACAUUGUAUCUCCCAGCUUCAAUAAAGCAAACUUUCAGUUCACUGAGGAAGAGGAAAUGACUAUUCACAAACCAAAUAAUUUAUAAACAGAACAACGUUCUUGCAUUUAAAUUCAUUUUCAUAAUGUUAAUUCCUAGGCGGCAGCACUCCUCUUUAACCUAGGAAACUUUCAGAAAUUUGUACAUCUUUGGAUCAAUAUAGCUUCUUAGCAGUUAGCUAGAUGGUACUUUCUGUGGAAGCAAUUAACUUAUCUCUGGUAUUUUGCAUGGCACUCUGCAUGUUUGGAGACAUCACAGCGAUAUAUACGUAAAACAAGAAGGCAAAUAAUCUUAAGCAUCUAAAAACAGAAAUAGAGGAUUGUGGCAUAAUCAAUAUGUAUUCACCAUAAUCACUGACCAUUUUUCUUUCUGUUUACUUUAACCAUAAUGUAGGAAAGCAAAACAUCCCCAGAUUUAUGAAGCAUGAAAUAGAUCAUUUGGGAUAAUUGUGGAAAUAGAAGCAUGCUGACCUACAUUUCUCAAGGCUUCCAAAUAUUCUCUUUCAAGUUCACUGCUAUAGUGUUAUCUCUUGAGACACAACAUCAAGCCUAAUUUUGUACUGAUGGUGACUGCACGCUUUUAGGUUUUCAGAUUAAUUAUUUCACAGCUCUUGUUUUUUUGCUGUUUAAUUAUGAAGAGGAACCUUUUGCUGUUCUAGUAUAUUUAUGUACACAGUUCAUUGCCAAAUCCUUGAACAUGUGCAUAUAUUGGAGACUAGUGAUAGACUUCAAAUGUGAUUCAGCAUAUGCCACCCCUGCAAGUCUUCCUGUGUCUGUGUUGACCACAGAUUCACCCCAUGCACAGCAGACAGGGGAAGUUUACAAUUUUAAGUGCUGAUAGCAGGGUCUACCAGGUGGAAAGAUGCUAAAAUCCCACUUAAUGUGGUGCCUGUGUCCCCAACAGCUUUCUACUCUUCCCAGCAUGAGCUAAAUAAUUAUGCCUGACACCUAUAAUCCACACAGGCACUACACUAGUUGUUGCACUGAUCUGUGUUAGUCCAAAUAAAAAUAUUAGGGUGAGAACAGAUGGUACAGACAAGUUGGAACCUUUUCUGAUAUCUCCUUCCCCUCCUAAGUAUAGCACUAAAGCAGCUGGAGGAUACUGCCAUUUGAAUGCAGCCUAACAGAGCAAUCCUGUGCAUGUUUACAUGAAAGUAAAUCCCAUUUUGUCCUAUUAAAUGUAUUUAGGAUUGAAGCCUAAGGCAUUGAACAAGAAGUUUCCAUGUAAGCGUGCUCUUGCCAUCAGAAACACAAACUAGGAACUGCCUUUUCUUCAAACAUCUGAGUUGAAACGAUUUUAUGGAAAUAAUCAAUCUUUCUACCUUUUUAUUUGAAAACAUCAAUAUGAUAUUUAAGUUUCAUAUAUAUCUAUAUCUAAAGUGGUAUAAGAUGAAAUAAGCAGACAACUACUGUGAAAGCUACUCUGUAUUCAGUUGGUGUAUGGUUAAUUUCUUUCUCAGCUUCAGAAAGCAAGUCCACAAAGAGGAGACAACAUUCUUUGUGACUCAAAAGAAACUAGCCUUCAUUCAUUUUCAAAUCAAGUGCCUCACCCAAUGGGGUCAAGAUCCUACUCUGAUUCAGACACCAUGCAAUUUGAAGAUCGAUCACUGUCGAAACUGAAGGAAAGUGACAGGUGCACUGCCACAGAAAACCUCUUUCUGGAAACACUGUCCCUUGAUUCUCCGGAUGAUUCUGAUGAACGGCAGCCUCAGAAACUGGAACGAGAAAGGUUCUUAACUUGUGCAAAUGAGGUGCGUCCAUUGCUCUUUGUAUUGUCAGCUCAGUUGUAAUCCCAUAUCCCUGCUAUUUUGUCAAAGCGUGCUUUCCACUGCCGUUUAUAUAGGGCCUUCUGGGGAAUCAGUUCAUUCUGGGAGUUGACUGUAUGAUUUAGCCAGAUGCACAUUGGAUCUUUCUUGCAGUGACUCUAUUCAAAUAUUAUGCUGCAUAUAGCCAGGGCCAAUGCACCCAUGAGGCAAGUUGAGGCGACUACCUCAAGCAGCAGGAUCUACCGGGGCAGCCAAUGCUGAUUUUGAUCUUUCUCACCCCACCCACCCGCCUUGUUUCUGAUGUAUCUCUUCCCUCAACUGGUUCUUCCCUGGCACCAUUUUGGGGUCCACCUCAGGUGCCAGAAUGUCUUGGGCCAGCCCUUACAUAUAUUGUGAUAUAGAUGCCACAAUCUCACAUCCCUACCAUGGAUAAGGAGAAGUUUGGUGGGGGACUGUGUUCCCUGAUCUAGGCUAUUAAAAUUAGAAUUGAUUAUGGAGAACUUCCAUUUUUUGCCAUUGUUUAUCAUUUGUCUUUUUAAUAGGGCUCUAAACAGUUAUCUUUUUAAAUUGUAGAACAAACUCUUUCUAUAAAAUAGAAGUUUUUAAAAGCUGGGCACAAAAAUUAUGACUAGGGGGAGGUUGUUCCUACACUGCAUGUUGUGAGGAAUCGUUAUGGUAUUCCCCAUAUGAUUAACGUAAUGGUCUGCCCACACAUUUAACAGCAAUGGUAUAAUGAGUUUCAGUUGAUGCUAAUUAUCGAUAUCUAGUAAAUUUAUAAUGAAAUAAUGUCAAAAAGUAGAUUUUAUCUGAUCUCAGCACUACAAGGUCACUAAUAUCAAAGAGAGUAGCACAGAAAAGCAGCUUCAGACAUGCAAAUAUAAUAUGAGAUAUGUACUAGUUGUCUUUAUAAUCAUUAGAACUAAAAAAAGUUGUGCUCUAUUGAGAGAUAAUUAAUCUGUGUGUCUGGUCUUAGCAAUGUGAGGGUUAUUUGUUUAUACUAGUCAGUUCAACUGGGAAUACUAUACACAGAUGCAUAUAAAGAAAAAAAUCCUUCUUAAUUAUCCAAAUAUUGGAAGCACGGGGGAGGUCAGAUAUGCCUUCAAAGGGUUUUCAAGAAUUUGGUAUAUUGAAUAAAGUUAAUGCAAAUACAGCCCACAGGCGCCCAAUAUAGGCAUAUAUGCAGGCUCAAAAUUAACAGUUUUUUUACUUUCAGGAAGAAGAAAUGCACAAGGGAAAUCUUCAAAGGUGAGUAAAGUGGGGUGAAACAUAGCACAAAAUGAAUUACAUGAAUUAUAUUAACACACUUACCCUAAAUUGGCUUCAAGAUCUUAAAACUAGAUACCAGAGGUUCAGUUCUAGAAUUUUACUGUGAAUAAAACUCCCCACUAUUCUGUAACAUAAUAUUAUGGAGAGCAGUCACACAUGUGAUUUCCUCCCUUAAUGAUGACUUCUUAUUUUUUGAAUCCCUUUGUUAAUAUAUUGCAUGACAUUUAGUUUCUUCCUCAGUUUACCCAUCAAUAGCCGUGGUUAAGUGUAGGACAAAACAGCACAGAGAUUCAAAUAUAAAGUGAAAACAAAGCAGAUUGCAUUUUCUUUAAAAUAGUGAUAUUGGCAGGUGGUGAUGCUUAUGUGUAUGGUUACUUAAACUAGACGGUUAACUUCACUUUGUUAAAGUUGCUUUAAAUAAGAAUGUUUACACUAUAUGGUUACUACUACCCUAAAUGAUACAACAAAUUCAAUACAGACUUCCUGUCAAUUUUGUUAAUUUGAUGCUAUGUGCUUCCUUCUUCAGGGCAAUGUCUGUCUCCUCUAUGUCAGAGUUCAAGCGUUUGAUGGACAUUUCUCCUUUUCUUCCUGAAAAGACGCUGCCUUCUUCCAGCAGCAAGGAGGAGAUAACACCUCCUCUGUCUCCUGAUGAUCUGAAAUACAUUGAGGAAUUCAACAAAACCUGGGAUUACAACACUACCAGAAAAAAUGGUGGAGCUGUCGAAAGACCUGGAGAUACUUGGGCAGAGAGGACAGAGAUUGGGAAGGCAAUCAAUAAUUCAGUUCCAGAUCCAUUCCAACCACCUUCAUGGUACCUCACCACCAGUGUUACUAUGACAACUAAUACCAUGACCAGCCCUGAGCACUGCCAGAAACAACCACUGAGGAGUCAUGUUGUUGCAGAAAAAAUGGGAGUUAAGGUCUUUCAUAGUCCACCAGUUGUUCGCAGGUUUGAAACCUCAGUGGUAGCUAGCAAUGAAGGGAAAAGCCAGUCAGAACCAGACUUUUUGUUCCCUAUGACCAAAGUUAAGGGAAAUGGGGGCGAGACAAAAGGUGCUUCUUCAGAAGUGUUUGGGCGAUGGUCUUCUGACCUCUCCAAACACCACAACGAUUUCCUGGAGAGUGGUAUUCAUCCUAUUGAACGUCCUAUUUGCACUACUUUGGGUUUUGCGUCCUCCUUGCACAGCCUGGAGAUGUCCAAAAACAUGAGUGAUGACAUGAAAGAGGUCGCUUAUUCUGUCAGAAAUGCAAUACGUUCAAAUUCAACAGAGCUUCAGUUCAAAGACACAGCUUGUCAGACUAAUGGGUUGAGAACUACGGGCACACAGACCACUCAAACUAUCAGUGUGGGCUUACAGACAGAAACUUUGCGUAGCAUCACAAGCAGUCCACACAGGUGUCUGACACCAAAAGGGGGUACUACACCUGUCUCAUCACCAUCAAGAAGCUUAAGGAGCAGGCAGGUGGCACCUGCUAUUGAAAAGGUCCAGGCCAAAUUUGAACGCACAUGUUGUUCUCCCAAAUAUGGCUCCCCAAAAUUACAGAAGAAAGCCUUUUCCAAAUCAGAUCAGCCAAAUAACAGGACAUUACCAAGCACACCCCAGAAAGGGUUCAGUGAAUCUGCUUGGGCCAGAUCAACCACCACAAGGGAGAGUCCAGUUCAUACUACUAUCAAUGAUGGCCUCUCCAGUUUAUUCAAUAUCAUUGACCAUACCCCUGUGGUUCAUGACACCCUCCAAAAAUGCUCUAGGUCCAGCAGCCGAUCAAGGUCAGCAGAACCCAGGUCAGAACUGGGUCCUAUGCAAGACAUGUGCACAAGUAUCCGUGGUAGGUCACCCAGUCCCCUCCGUUUUGGCACAGAGCUACAAAAGGAUGAAGGAGCUGAAACGACAAGUAUCAGGCAGGACUUAUCAGCUCCUCCGGGAUAUACUCUUACAGAAAAUGCUGCCAGAAUUCUCAACAAGAAACUUAUGGAGCAUGCCUUAAAGGAGGAGAAAAGGCUAGCUUCAUACAGCCCUCCCAGUCUUAGCAAUGAGAACAGCACAGGAGAAAUAAACAAAGUUGAACCAGGGUCCAUUGAGGUAAUGAGUUUUGUCCUUGUAUAGUAAACCUUUUUAGAUGAUGAAUGUUAUUUGUGAAUGUUGAUUAAAAUAUAAAUGUGCAAACAUUUUUAAGCAAAAGGGAAUUGACUGUAUAAUGUAUGGUUCUUUGAGACUGCAUUUUGGAAGAACUUUAAUGCAACACUUUUCUAUGCUUCACACAUAUUUGUGGGGGGGACGUGGCAUUUGUAUAUAAUAGAGAUAUAAGUAGCAAUGGGUCUUUAAAUGAAUGCACCAUGAUGAUGGAUCCAGCCAUAAGAUGAUCAUAUUGAGGGGUGUUUCAUUGUAAUAUAUCUGAAAAAUAACACAGCAGUUUUCAUAUGCGGUAUAAUUUAAAAUAUUAAUUAACUUGUAUUUCAUACAGUAACACCAUGACAAUUUUUAAUGUAUGUCAGUACAAUCUUAAGCAAGUUUAUUUAUCAAAAGUAAAUUCUGCUGAAUGCAGUAGAACAUAAAAAAUUUGUUUUAGGAAUUGGAGAUUUCAUAUACACAAAAGGCACUAUUUACCACACUCGAGUAUCCAUGCACAAUUGCUUUGAAACUAGCCAGUUUUGUGAUCCAAAGCCUCCUGAGACAAAUAGGUUUUCAGAGCCUUUCUGAAAGUCUGGAAAGUGGUAGCACUCUGGAGGUCAGCUAGCGAUGAAUUCCAGACACAGCUUUGGAAGCUACUGACUACAACAAAUUUGCCCACAAAUUUACUUUUUGGAUGGAGGAAACUUUCAGCAGGGCCUCUUUCUUUGAUCUUAGAAGAUUUACAGAAGGAUGCAGUGUCCAUAAUGCAUCCCAGCAAAUAUCUUCCUACUACAUCUUUGAACCCCUACGUAUUCUACAAUCUUCAUAAGUAUCCUGCAACAUUGCCGAAUUGCUUUUUGAGCUGCUCCAGAUGUUAAUAUUUUUCUGGAUAGUUCACCUGUGCCAUCAUGUUUGAAAACUAUGUGAGGGUUGCGCCUUGGGUUACAUGUAUUUGAAAGCAGAGCAGCACAAUAGACAUGUGAUUUUCCCCAAGGUUGUAUGGUUUUUCUCCUGUGUGAAAAUUAUGUAUAAAGAUGAUUAGGAAAUGUUUAUUGCUGAUCAAGUAUGGUCUUGUGGAUAGAAGUUGGCUUGGGUCAAGGUUUAAAUCCCAGCUCAGCAAUGAAUUCACUUAGGGGCAUGUCAUGGUAACUCUUGUUAUUCUUGAAUAAGUGCAGUAUUUGCAUUUGCAUUCUAAAUAUUUUAUAUUCUUUUUUAAAAAAUGUGUGAAUAUGCUAUUUAAAUGGAUCUUAAUUAUAAUGACCAUUUGAAAUUGGUUCACUGUACCAGUUGUGGCAUUAAGACUGCAAUCCUGUACCUACUUACUUGGGAGUAAGCUCCAUGGAACUCUAAGUAGGCAUGUCUAGAAUUGCACUACAAUUUCCAAAACUAGUAACUGAAGUUAACCUUAAAUAUACAUAUUUUAUAAUCCCUUAACAUAAAGUAAUAAUUAAGAAGUUUUACAUAAAGGCAAACACGUUGUGUGGGCAACUUUUAUAACCAAAUGUCACAUACAGGGAAAAAGAAAUAUUGCCAUUGUGUGGUGUGUUACUACUCUUGUUAUAUCAUCUUUUCACAAUGGCAAUUACUUCACAGGAACUGACUUCAGUUGCUUGGAUGUUGUUUGAGCUCACUUCCAUAGUUCCACAAAAAGAUACAAGUCUCGUUGGGGGUGCUUCCAGACAGGUCUUAAUAUUGUAAAUGUGUUGUAAACAAUGAUUAUUUUUUAAACUUACUGGAUUUUCCUCAAAAAGGGUAAAUCCAAAUUAAUUUGGGGAGUGAGGAUACAGGCUGGCAUUUUUAUGGCGGUGACAUUGUGGGAACACUGCAAAAAUGUUGUAUGCAGGAAGAGAACCACUCCCACAGCAAAUGCUUUUCUAGAAGCACCCUGAGUAAUGCUCCACAAAUAUGUGGGAUGGUGAACUUUGAAAGGCUCAAGUCCAAAGGAUGGACAUUUAAAAUGUGAUAGCACGAUGAAAAGUUUAUGGAAUAAUCACUUAGAGCAAGUCAGUUUAGGAAGUUACUUGCUAAUGGCUUCUAUUCAAAUUACCAAAUGCAUUUUUGCUCGUUUGGUGGCUGGGCUGAACUUAAAAUGGCAUGCCAUGUGAAGUAAAGCAUCCUGUCAGUAUUGCUCCUUUCUUGAUUCUGGCAGUGGGAGUGCCUUACGUAUCUGUUCCAAAUUAGCCAAUCUGCUCAUACUGAAAGAAUAAUUUAUUUCUGCUCUGCAGGAAUAAUGCAUCACUGAUUUUUGAAUACCCGCAUGGAAUGCCAGUUAGAAGCUUGUUGCUAUUUCAUUUGUGCUUCUUACAAUUGUUUUCUUCAAAUUUUCCAUUUAGGAUGCCUUCUGUGAUACUUGCUAAAAUAUAGAAUAUUUGUGUGCAUUCACAUGCAUAUGUGUAUUAUGUAUACACAUGUUAAAUACACACUGGUGGUUUUUUCAUAUAUGUGUAUAUAUAUAUUGCUCUGUCCCAGGGCAAUAUGAUAAGUUUUGUAUCCUCAAAAUGCUGUUUUCGAAAUGCCCUCUACAUCUGCCCUGACCCUACCUCUGCCAAACAUCUAUCUGAUUAGGAAGUCAUGGCAUCUAUAUACACGAAACUUCUUCAGGUCACACAAAAAACAAAAUGUCUGGUUUUUCCUUGAGCUGCCAAGAACUUUGCAUAUAUCCGCCAUAGUUCUGUUAUUCAAGAAGCUGGGAAAGAGAAGAGCUCCUGAAGAAAGUCCAGCAGGCCACAUUAUUUGGCAAGAGAGCUGCUGUAGCUGCUGUGCUGUGUCAUGCUUCAUAUUCUGUUCCUAAUUGCGUGGCCCUCGCUGCAUACUGCCCUCUCUGCUGACAACCAUUUCCAGCGCUAGAACAGAUGGCAUCAGAAUGCUUUCUCUUUUUUUGCUUCUGCAUUUUCUCCCCUUCCUUAAAGGCAAAGACAAAACAGCAAAUUCAUAUCCACUAGAUGUGAUUUGUCACCCAGUCUUUCUGAUUCUUGCUAUAUGAACCCAUUCCUUGCCUUUAAAAAAAAAAAAUAGACAGAAACUUUCUAAUUUCAAAACUUAUUCGGACUUUGGAAUACAUUUGGAACAAGUGGAAUACAUGCUUACCAAUCAGAUAUAGUCUUUAAUGCCAUACCCUCAUGUAAAGACAAUGCUAAAAAUUGGGGGUGUCUCCCAUUUGCUUUCUCAGUGUGAUGUUAGCAGUUUACUGCAUCUUUCACAUAGCCUCUCCAGUUAUGGCUGUGGCAUAAUAAAUGUUAGCAGUGAAAUAUGGAGAGCUCUUCAAUGCUGACUACAUUUCUCUGGUUUAAAUAUUCUUUCCAACCUACUUCCUCUUUUUUUCCCUCUGUCUGUCUAUGUCCAGAACCAAACUGUCUUACUAACUGCCCCCUGGGGACCCUAACCCUGCCUGCCUCACUGCUGUAAGUCCUUUCUACCUUUGUUUCCAAAAUUCUUUACUUAAAACAACAACUUUUACUUGGUGUAGAAGUAUAAACCGAAGAAACAGCAGCAUUCCCUGUCACUGGCAUGAGCUGACAGUGGAUUCCAAAUAGAGAAUGAAGCUUUUGAGUCAUAUAGCUCUGUCCUCUAAAACAUUUCCCACCAAAUAUUAUUCAUUAGUCACUGUCAUGAACACUCUCAAACCAGCAUGUUUCCUCUUCAACCAGGUCCAUUCCAUGGAACUAAGUUGAACCAAAUUAGUUUUAAUGCAGCUUUGCUAGCUAUAGGAUUCUGCCCACAGUGCAGUUUUGAAGGUAUUUUUACUUGUUGUUCUUUUGUUCUCCACCAUUUAUUGCACCUGUUAAUAUAAUUCUUCAGUUUCCAGAUAAAUAGGGCAGAGGCAGCUGCCUUGUUAGGGUCAUGCUUUAGAUGCAGUAACAUGCUCCAUUGCUUGUGCUGUGGCAACUGAAGACCAAUCCACAGGAUAAGGUCAGUAAAAGCCCCACAGAAGGCUGGGAGUAAAAUGGAAAGAAUCUCUACAUACCUAGUUUCGAGACUAAUGUUGCGUUCAGACUUUCAUAAAUACGGAAUUUGCCAUUGCAGCAUGAUAGCGUUGUCAUUGCAAAAGUUUUCAUUGCAUGGUGAGUCAUUCCUUUUCUCUCAGAUGGAAAGGAAAUGGGAAGAAAGCUUCGCAAGGUGAGAUGGUUGCCUCACUGAACGAGUCUGUCCUACAGAUGUAUUUGAACAUACAUAGUUUGAGAGGCAGGGCUCCUGGGAGUGCACAUUCAUUACAUGUUCAAGACAUGCAAACUUUUCUGCAGGCACAAACACAUGAAAAACCAUUCUCUGUGUUUGCAGCAAAAGUUGGCUGUGCACAGCACUGAUUGGCUGGAAGUGAUGAUGGCAUGAGUUUUCCCCCUCACAGCUUUUCAUCUGUUUUAAAAUGGGUCCUGCUUUAAGAAAAAGAAAAAAGAGACACAAAUUGAGUAUCGGCACAGUCCUAUGCAUUUUUAUAUCUCACUGAGUUCAUCAUCUCAUUAACUUCAGUGGGAGUUUUACCCUAGUAAAGACGUUUAGCAUUGCGACCUAAAUAAGCAUGCAACACUUCAAAAUAACAAAGCAUAUAGGAAGAGCAAGAUCGAUUACUGGGUCAGUUCAAGCCACUUGCUAUUAUGCCUGCCAAAGGCAUAGCAACUGUGAGAGAAAGGUGGGCUUCCCCUGUGGGAUGAAAUGUGUUGUGAAAGAAGUAAAUGGAAAUGGGACAAAUGUUGAAAUGUUGUUGCUUGCGUAAAUUACAUUGCUUUGACCAAGCAACAACAAAAAGUCUGGUUUUAUUCAAACCACAGAUUAGCUUUGCACAGCAACAAAACAACUAGAGAGGAGCCAAGCAGUUGUGAUCUCCACUCUGAGAGUCUGCCCAUUUGCUUGUUCACACUGAGGCAUAUUUACAUUUAGGAUUGUGUGUGAACCAGGCCAGUGCUGUCCAUUACUAGUAAAGUGGUUGCACUGAAGCAUCUUAUUUAUCCUGUUAUAUUAUAGACACUCUAUAUUAUAGACACUCUAAGCAGCAGACUUAAACAUAACCAUGUAUGGCAAAACAAAACCUGCCAGUCCUUUAUUCACUGAAAGCAGCUAUAAAUGGUGUGUACUACAUACUGGAGUGCAGAAAUAAAUGUGGGCCUAAUUCUGCCUUUCUCUUAAAGCUGUGAUAGAAAGUUGUCUGAAACAGGAGUAACUUCAUUGAAAUAAAUUAAUAAAUGUGGCCAUGUAUUUAGCAAGAAUAAGUCAGAGUAACCAAAAUUCAACUGAGCUGCGCAUAUAAUUACAUCUAGAAAAACAUAGUCUCAGUCCAUCUUUUCUUAUGGUAGACACUGGGCAUGGUUUUAGUAUUGUACCAUAUUUUAACAAGAUGGACACUUAUAAUUUCUUUCCAAUGGGCAUGAAUGUAUUCUUCACCUUAUUAUUGGGUGUUUCUUGAUAGCUUUCCAGUACAAAAGCUCUAUUACUGAUUUAAAAUGCUAGGAAUUCUCAAUUUAAUGGGAUCUUGAAGGGUAGCAUUUUGUCUCUAGUGCUGGAGCUAAAGAGAUUCGGCACUUGCUAGAGGCCUGAUACAUACAGAAUAUGUAUCCAAUGUAUACCAUCUCUUUAUUCAGUUUCCAGGCACUCUCCCCCAUAAAGUGUUGUGGUCCUUUUCUCUCCAUAGAGAAAGGGCUUUUUCAAGGGUAGCUUGAAGACAAUAACACGAGUGCAACCUCUCUUCAUUCCAUGACAUUGUGUUUUGUGCAUCCUGUUUCAGUCUGUUUCUGUCUCUUCUGCCCUUGCUUUUCUGAAGCAACCAUCCUGUGCACAAUUACCUGAGAAUAAGUCCCCCCUGAAUUCUGUGGGACUUACUUCUGAGUUACAUAGUUAGGGAUUGUGGAGCAAAAUACUUAACUGUCAAUGUCUGCUUUAUAUCAUGUUACCAGGCUCAGCAUCCUCCUGUCUUUUACUGCCUUUGUUCCAUUUUUAUAGCAUGGUGUGGUAAAUCUCUCACUCCAUUUAACAUGUGUCUUUGGCUCUUAUUCAGUAACUUAUUCCAUAAUUCUUACUAUGUGGUAUAUAACUUCCAGCUUUGUCUACUGCCAGGGUACAUUUUGAUUUGGAUUUUUGUAUAGCUUACAUAUCACUCUCUCACCUGUUUAGUGAUUUACACCCUCAUUGUGGACCUUUUUCUUCUAUGUGUUGAUAAUCUUAGCACUUUUUGCUUUUAGAUUCUUAAAGGUACACAGUGGAAACCUGAUUAUGUGCUUUGGCAAGUUUACACCUCUGUACAAAUUGUACGCAAAAUUCUCCAUUCUGUAGGAAAGUCUGUAAUUACUAGCUGCCAUCAUCAGUCCUAAAAUAUAAAUAAACUGUCAGUGUGAAACAUCACAGUUAAAGGCUGUGUACUCCAAAUGCAAUCAGGCCUUGCAUUAAGUUUACUUUUCCGGUCUUUGACUUUUCUCCUUCAGUAGUCCUGGGUUGCAGAUUAAUUUGGGCUGUGGCCAAGGCUGACAAGGCCUUGAAGCAUCCUGAAGUAGUACCUCAUGUGACUGAUUUCUAAAAGUGGCACUCUUUCCUUCCACUUGGAUUGAUCGAUCUCUUUGUGCAAUUACAGAAGGGGGAGGGGUGCUCCAAUUAAGAACUGUGGAGCCAGAGGUUGGGGGAUGAUUUUCAUUUUUUUACUUCAAGUAAAUAGAUAUCAGUGACCGGUGUUAGCUGGAGCUGCUUGUCUGUUUUACUACUUUCAGUUUGGUUAUAAAGGUCAGUUUAGGUCACUUUUAAGUCAGUAAUAUUGUUUAGCAAUUGCCUACCAUUGCUCUUUAGUCCAAAUUAUUUUUAAAUCCAAGUACACUGAGAGGAAAUCACGCUUUCUAUUCUGAGUGUUCUUCAGUUGAUGAUUAUAUCAUAAUUUUAUAGAGAAUAUUACUUGAACAAACCUGACCAAUUGUCCUCUCACUAGCAAAUGUAACAUCCAGCGCCACUGAAAACGUAUUAAAGAUAUUUGGGGGCACUUCACACGAUGGAACUGCCUCACAUCAAGUAUUUUAGUUAUGCCUACAGCCAGUGUUUAUAAUUAUGAACAUAUUUAAACAGUAUACUUCUCCUGAAUGUGAACAUUUUGAGCCAGACUGCAUGUGACAGCAAGAGAAGUUUGUGUAGAAUCAGGUCCAAAUCUCUCUAGCUCAUUGGGAAGGUGCAAUUUGAAUAGCAGCAUGAGUUGACAAGUUGAGGCAUUAGAAUUCUCCCCUAUUCAACCAGUCUUCUUCCUGGGUGCACUUCAUUGUUGUUAAGUAAUCUUUGAGGUGACUCCAAGAUCAGAAGUAAACCUCACUGGGAUAAAACUGGUAUUAAAAAUGGGGUGGGCUGGAAAUUCGUCUCUCCCCCCCCCCCCCCGCCUUGUAUUAUAGAAGACUGGCAGGACUCUGGGCCUCCUCUAGUUGCCAUCUCAGUUAUUUUCUUCCAAAAUCCUAGUAAGUGAAUAUUGGUCAGAGACAUCAGUUCACUUAAAUUACUUGCCUCAUCCUUUCAUAUUUUGCUUCAUUGGUUACAGGCAAAAGUCAAGAAUUUAAGAGCUGUCUACAAAAAUGUGUUUUUUGCUGCUUUGGUUUCCUUGCCAAAUUACAUAUGCUUAGAUUUUGGAUUUAGCUUUCUUUCAUUGUGUGAUAUAUAAAUUGGUAAUUUUGUUCCUCUCCAUUUUUUCACAAAAAAGGAACUACCUUGUUCCGCACUUGCUCCAUCCUUAGAAUCCUGCUUCUCCCGACCAGAGAGACCAGCGAAUCGACGCCCACCUUCCCGAUGGGCCUCACAUUCCCCUACUGCCUCACUAUCUCAGUUAACUGGGGAGGAAUAUGGAAGCAUGGAACUGCCGUUGGAGAACCCAAACCAGUGAUGCAAGCCUGCAUGAAUUAUCACAGAAUAAUUCACUGUCUUUUGCAUAGUAGCACCAUUACCAUGGCCAGUCUCUGUCAGCGAGGAGAGCUCAAGUUGCAGAGGUUAAAGAAUGUUCUAGAAUGCAGCAGCUUUGUGUACCUGAGAAACAGAUGUUUCUAGAAUGAAACAGUUAAUGUGCCUGUAAUAACUUAUUUUUUUCAUAGCUCAGAAAACUAUUUUUGCCUCCAUCUUUUCUACACACAGUAUAUUAGGAUCUAAAAGAUAUGCAGAUAAAGAUAAGGUUUUAAAUAAAACAUGAAUUAUGUUUCAAGGGAAACUGAAUGUGUUCUCUCUUUCCCACUCUCUGACUACUGACUGCCUUCUGUUAUAUUUGCACCGUUAAGGUUUGGGUUUUGUUUUUUUGUUUUUUAAAUUAGAAUUUUAAGUUAAUUAUGUUGGUUAUCAGUUUGAAAAAGAAAAUUCAUAGAGGUGCUUUAGCAUGUCUGAAGCAGUAACUUUUAAGUAGUGAAAAAGCCAUUGAACUAGUUGACUAGAGUUGUCUUAAAUAAACUAGAGGGGAAUGCAGGGAAUAUGGAAUGAAAUGUUUAGAAAAGGGCGGGGGGAGCCUCAGACAGUCUUAAUGAAGUGAGCUGUACGAUACAUACACACACAAAAGAUUUGCAUGUCAUUAGGUUCCUAGCACUUUAGUGCAUGUACACACUGCUACUGUACUCUCACUGUCACAUCCGUGUCUCAAUUUCUUUCCCUGUUAUAUUGUUGUGAAUUUAUCUGUACUGUACUUUUAAUGUUGGUAUUCUUGCAAUGAUUGUACAAAAAAAGAUUUUUAAAUAAUUGUUCAAACAGUUCAACUGAUUAUGUACAGUGUUUAUUGAAAACUUCCCUUGUUUGAGGGAAAGCACUGAGAACUCUGGGCAUACUAAAUUGUAACUGGCCUUGUUUUAAGAGUCUGUUUGAGACCAUGUGGUGUGGAAAUAAAUUCCUCAGUAUUUACAAAACGC